AGUGCUUUGAGGACAAAUACCUAAGCAAACUAUGCCCUCUGAGUUUCCUCUUUGAGAAUCUGCCUCAUUGUUGAUUAUGUCAUUCAGAGGUAUCUGUUUGCUCCAUACUCCGGGUUUUAUGACUUGACUUCCACUUCUGUAAAAGGUACUGCCUGUCUUCUUUUUUGCCAGUAUUGAUUUAGAAUAAGAUGUGUUCUGGAUGAUUUUUGUAAAGAUUAAAAGCAAAUUGAGAUCGCUCUGUAAAGAGGGGAUCUAAAAGUCAUUGUCCUCUCGGAGGCACAGCUCCUCAGAUGAUAAGUUGAAGCAGUGUUGAACUCAAUUCGAUUCAAAUGAAGAGCUAAUCUUCGGAGACAAAAUGAUCCAUUGUGUGUCUUACAAAAUGAAUUCCCAGUACAGGGGUACUAUGUUUGUUUCUCUAUGUGUGGGAAUGUUUCUCCUGUAUCAUUUUGUUUCCUAAGAUACGAUAUCUACAAGAUAGAAACGAGAAACAAAAACAGGAAUUAUUACUGGGCCAAGGAUAAAUACCUGACCUUGGCGAGGACAGCUUAAAGUAAGCUCUGUGGUGCACUGCAGGAACUCAAAAGAGACUUCAAUCCAGUGAGUCAACAUGUACUUUUUAUAGUUCAUGAUUUAUUAUUUGAAGGUCUUAUUAAUUUUAGAAGUUGAUAAAGAAGUUCGUAGAAGUUUUAGCAAAGUCAGGUCAGCUGCCCUUUGAUUUUUUUCAGUCUCUAAGCUAAGCUAACCAUCUCUUGGCUGCAGUUUAAUAUCUAACGGACACACAAGAAAUCUUCUCAUCCAGCUUUCAACAUCAAAAUAAGGAAGAUGAUUUCCUUAAAUGAUCUGCUGUUGCUUGUAAUGUUAGAAGUUUCUCAUGAAGGAUACAAGUCGCUUUCCAUUAAAACUGCUGAGAUCCAAUUAAAAGUUUAGCGUGGCUGCCUCUGUGUAAACAACCAUGACCUUUGCCUCAUGAUCCUGGCUUGCGUGUUAUUCAUGAAGUCAUACUAUGGAGCAAGAUGUCCAUGGUUCAGUGUGGGAGACAGCAGAUACACUCCUGGGACAGUAAACAAUUUAUAAACUCAAAUAAGAUCUUUUCCUGAGCCUUUUGCAGUUUUAUGUCUCAAAAAUCCUGAAUGUAAGGAUGACUCCAUCUUGCAUUUUGUUGUACAGGUAUACCUGUAUUUGGUAAUAUGUGGAGUAUUUAUAAGUUGAGAGCAAGUGCAGCUUGCUGAAUUCUGCACUGCACUUAAAACUGAUGCAAAAAAACAAUGCCAGAAAUUAUUUUCCUACAUUUUUUUUUUUUUUACAAUUUUUAUGCUUUGAGGCUCUUUAUCAUCUUUUAUUCUUUGUGGUGUGUAUUAUUAUUGUGUGUAUGCUAAAAAAAGAUGUCAGUCAGUUUGCUGAACUCAACAUCAUAAAAAGGAAACAGCCAGCCCUGUCCGCAGGAAACAAAUCAGCUAUCAGCAAGACGAAGUACUUACUAAUUAACUUGCUACUUUUUAGUUGAAAAAGAAAAAAAGGCAGAAAAUGAAGAUAUUGACUUCAAGAUGACAGAAGUUACUGUGAUUGCCACAGAAAGCUAAGCUAGGCUAGCCAUUUCCUUUUUCCUCUAGUUGUCUGAAGAAGAAGAUGAACUUUAUUGAUCCUCGAAGGGAAAUUCAGUUGCCUGUCGUCUCAUUUGUCAUGUCUCAAAAAGUCAUGUACUAUUUAUUAAGGAAUUAUUAAGAUCUUCUUUCUGUGCUGGGGUGAAGUAAGCGCAGCGGUCCACCACCAUUGACCCUUUAGUCCAUCAAGAUGUUAUGAAGUGUAUGAUCUAUGUUCUUUAGAAUUGUCUCCACUUUCUUUGGUUUACAUCUCUCCACCACAUCCUCCAGGGAGUCCGGCUUGAAUCCAACCACAGAGCCAGCUUUGUUCACCGGCUUGUUCAGACGUCUUGCAUCAUUGUAUUUUAUAUGCCAAGCAAGACUAUCAACUGCCAAGCUAGCCCAGCUGUAGCUUGAUGUACACUAUGUGGACCAGAUUAUGAAAGCAAACUUAUGUUAUACUAAAGCAAAUCAGAAUGAAAUAAGCACAGAAUGUUUUUUAAGCACUAAAAUGCAACAAUUUUAGUUUCAAAUUUUUCUAAAUAAUGAGCCCUAACACUUAAAGUUGUAGGGUGAUAUAAUCACCAAGAACACAAAACAGUGGUGAUGGAAUUACAUGUUCAUUCAAAUAAAGCGCCACCCAUGGUACUUUUAUUUCCUCAUGCUUGGAUUUCAUUAUUGCUCCACUAAAGGCAAAUGUUUUUUUUUGUUUUUUUUUGUGGAAGUAUGACUCUUUGCUCCACAUGGUUAUAUCCCGUUUGUAAAUGCUGAGUCAGUAGCUGUGGUCAAAAUGGUGCCUGGCUCAUUAAAAAAUGUCAAACAAAUGGGACAUGUGAGUUUUGUUCAUGCUGAUAGUCACUCUAGACUGUCCAGAUACUGUAUGCUUGGGAACCAUUAGUAUCCCAUUAACUGUUGUUUAUCUCCUGCUGCCUGCACGUCACAGAGCAAAAGCCAGGCCAUCAAACAGAUAUUUCAUCCAUGAUUUAGAUGGUCUAACCAUUAAUUAUUCAUUUUGCCACAGUGAAGUCUGGCUGCACUCUCGAAGAGGAGGUAAUGUGGUCUAACAUGGUGGAGUUUGUUUAUAAAAGCUAUAACUUCACGAGGUUAUCUAGGCUCAAGUGGGUUUGAAUGUAGUGUGUGUGGUAUAAGAUACACUGAACAUGUGUGUAAAGUGAGAUGAUGUGCUGUUAUGUAGACUAUAGACAAUAGAUGUCAGCUGUAGUGAAAGACAAGAGUCCAGACUACUUCCACUUCAGGUUUAUUGUUUAGCAGUUUAUGAUCUCUGGCUUCACACUUCUUUUUUUAUUAUUAUUGUUGUUAUCUCCCAUAUCAGUGUUAUCACUUUUAUGUAAAUUAUGCAGCACCAUUAAAGCCCCAGGCAUCUAAGCUUACUUAAAGUAUAUAAGGAAAUGGAUAUAGAACAGCCACAGUUAAUACAAGUGCUCUGUAUUAAUCAUCCACUAAUGGGCGUGAUGAUGUGUUAAUGCCAGUGAUGGAUCCGAUGGUAUCGCUGCAAAUGUUACUGUCUCAACAGCCACUGCUUGAAGAUACUGGGAUUACUGAAGUAUGUGUUAUGAGCAUGUAGCAGACCCAAUUCUCCAGACCGCCUAAGUUUGUUACUUCUACUUUUCUUAGAUUCAAAUUAAUCAGAGCAUUAGAGGGAAUGGGGUGUGACGAAGAAGAAACAGGAAAACCUCAAUCCUGAAAUAAUUAGCACACAUUUCCAGCCCCUAAGGAUCAAAUUAGUUUGCAUGAGGCAUCAUUUUGGCAACUUCACUUCAUUACAGUGAAGUGAAUGCAUCACAAUCUCUGUAAAAUAAACAGUGCUGUCCACGUUCAGGAACACAGCUUCUCACUGGAAGGAAAUCAAAAACAGUUCUGCUUCCCAAACAUGGUUAGGGAAUGGAAAAUUCAGCUCUUUGCAUUGUUUUCUGCAAUCAUUGAUCAUUCCCUCUUGUAAGUGUGAUGUAAACAAACUUCCUAUGUGCCAAAGGCCAUGAAGUACUGCCAACUCUCCUGGAGUCCCAGACAGCUUUCAAAAAGAGGUCCUCUGAUCCUAAGACACUUUAAUAGGCGUGUGUAUAUUUGUAUGUUUUUGUGUGCGUGUGUCUGUGCGUGCGUGUGUGUGUUUGCUUGUGUAUGUAUUUCAUUCUCCUGGCUCCUGCUAAUCUCCUGACCCCAGAUGGAGAACAGUGGGUGAGCAGAUUGUAUUUCCUGCUUGAUUUAAUAUUAAUAGAUCGGUAUGCUACACUGCCACAUUCUCAAAACAGAGAAGACUGUGCCUUCCCUCAACCGCACUCAGUCUUAUCCCAGCCUCUCUGCUUAUCUAGGAUUGCAAGGCUCUGCUAAUGUCAGGGCACAAAUAAAACAAGAUAUCAAGAAGGGAAACUUAAUCAAGACUGUAACCUGAGCAGGUGUGAAGGCCAGGACAAUGGAUCUGCUGCUGUACAACAAUCUGUAGACACAUGAUACAGCACUGAGGAUGACUCACAGGUCUGCAGAGCAGAUAUUUAUCAGGUAUCUUAGCUUUGUGUUCAAUUAUUUAUAUCAGAUCUCCUAUUCUUAGAGGAUUAAUAAACAGAGUCAGCUCACAUUCAGCGAAUUUCCAUGAGUGAUUCUCACACCGUGUCUUUACACUGCUUCUUGUUCUCACUCCUCUGUUUACAGUCAGAUUGACAGCCAGUAGUGGUGUGUUGAUUUACUGUAAACAUCUGAAUCUAUUCAUUGAGGUUUAUGAGCAAUAGUCAGAGACAUAGAUCAUAUAGAUUGCUUCAUUAUUAUUCUCUUUUUUUUACACUUAAUUUAUUGGUUUUCACAAUUCACAAUUGUUACUCCAUUAUUAUUCUUCUUAAGGCAAUAUUUGCUGUAGCAGAUGGUUGUUUGACUUGGUGUGGCAUAGAGACAGGUACUACUUAACCCUCAACUGAUGGUUUGUGCAAAUACUGGUGUGGUUCUGUCUUGAAUCUAAAAGUGUUGCUAUUUUUUUCUCUGUCACCCUUUAUUGACUGUGGUCAUUGGAGGUUAUCAUAUCAUAUGGAUGAUUUUUAGUAUCCUCUUCAACUUUGUAAACAAUGAAAAUAGAAAGUCAUUUGACUGUAGGACUUUGUGAUGACACAAAAUACUUCCUUGGAUAAACAUGAAUAUCAUUCUAAAACAACUUGUGGUAGACUGCGUAGUGAGAACGUGUCUUGUUGAUGGAGACAUGUCUUCCUAGAAGUCAAAUAAAGAAUCAUGGAGCCUGGGAUCAAAUUGUCCUUAGGACUGAGCUUUUGGACAUUUGAGGGUAAUUACUCCACAGCAAUGCAGAUUAAAGGUAGGAUUAUAUAAUGUUGAAAACACACUUGAAAAGAAAAAUAACUUCAGGGAGGAUUGUGAGGAAAACAGGCCUGGAACCUGUCCACCUACCAGCCCAAUUUUCAGUCAAUAACAAUACUUGAAACAGGACAGUUGCCAAGCCAUGUCCUGGAACUGUGCUGCUCCUAUUAUUAUCUGGGAUGGUUCUACUGUUUGUAUUGGCUUGUUUCACUUAGACUACCUGGUAUGGUUUGCUGUUUUUUUUUUAAUGCUGCAGUGUGUUCUCUUUAUCUGUGUCUGUUAGUGUUUAUCAGUCUCACUCUUUGUCAUUUUCUCAAUCCAUGCAGCAAUUAACCAAAUUUUAAUCAGGGUCACGAUUGUGGCCUCCCCACAAUCAAAAAGCCACGAUUAUUAUACCAUAUCAUAUUAUACCAUUAUGUCAUGAUUAUAGAUAUGUAUUGGGAUUGCUUGCCCCUUCUCUUCACUUGUAUGCGCGUGUUCUAACAAUAUUGACUGCCUGUUCAUUUCAUAAACUCCCCUAAACAGCACAACUCAGGUUGUCUUUCCUAAUUCCAGGUGAUCUGCAGAUUGAUAAAACUUGUUUAUGACACAGCACAUUGUAACAUCCAAAACUAAGAGUGCAGAAAGUAAGAGACACAAUGGGAGGAUCAAGUGUGUUUGCUAGUAAAGCAGAGGGGCAGAGUGGGGUUGUAAAGGUGCAACGUAAACAAAGUUAACUGGCUUACAAUUGCUUGCUGAGUAAGAUGCAGGAAGUAUAUCUUUCAGAAUAUGAAUUUUAUGCACAGUUAGAAAUAUGUCCUCAAAAUUAACAAUUCAUGAUUAAAAAUUGUGAUUUCAGUAUUGAUCAGAUUAAUCAUUUGUUUGACCAUAAUGUCGCCCUAUGGUUUUGACAUGCACUUCUGUGUAGAAUCAUUGUAGAGCUUUGCAAUUUCAUCCAAAACAGUGGGAGAAAAACAGGUCUCUCAACCUGUGCAGCCAGUGAAAAAAUAUUGCUGAACAAGCAUAUAAGCGUUACAGUGUGGGGCAGGCAGCUCACAGCUCCAGGCUGUACAUUACAACAUUGCUGCUGAUGACUGACUGUUACCAGCCUAUAUAGUCUGAAGGUUGUUGAAUAUGCUUUAAGUGCAACAGCAAAGUAAGAAUGUCAUGUUAAUAAUUGACGUGCUGAGAGGAACACCGCGUGAAGACGGAGAUGAGAAAGGUGCUCUCAUUUUAGUUCUCUUAAAACAGGAGGGGGCAUCAUAAUUCAGGGAUACCUCAUGUGACUGACUGUCGCUGAUAAACUGUGUCUGUAGACUGGAAAGAAAAGCUGCCGCUGCCUGAGCUGCUGAUGUUGAUGUUAAUAGAGGGGGUGCUUCUCUCUUUCUCAUUGUACCAGUCUGGACGAGAAGUCGAGCUGCUGAGACAGUAAAGGGAAACAGGCAGUCAUAGUGGCCGCGGGGUACUUUCACGGAUUUAUCAAGAUGGCUUGGAGAGGAGGGGGAACACGGUCGUUUUAUCGACCUAUCUGUUAUUUAAACUGAAACUGGUGUUGAUUCUACCCUGUGGAUUUGGAUGAAAGGAAAAGGUAAUGUAUAUAAUUAUUUGUAAUUAACUGGGCAUGGAAAUGAAGCGUUGAUACGUCGUGUUUUCCGCCACAAUUAUGGUGUGAUACAUUUUGUCAAAACGUUGGUCCAGUGUUUUCCUAACCCUACUGUUGUGUAUCUGGUACCUCGUUGUUCUUCAGUUGUAUUAUUUAUCCGUCAUGUGUGGGCUUUUUCGGCCGCUCACUGUGCCUACUGCUGCAAUAUUUGAGCCCCGUGUCUGACCACAAAAUUUCCCAACCAGUGCUGCUGUGUUGUUACGCUGCAGGCCUGCCGACGGGAUAAAGGCAAAUUUCCUACUAUGCCAACGUAGCGUUGUUAGCAUAGCGGUGGGCUAGCCUGAGCUAACGGUACGGUUAGCUGCCGUAUAUCCCCAAGUCUCCUGCUCACCACUGAAAAAUCCGCUUAUGAACGACCGUCAGCUAUUAACCAUGUUCAUUUGUCUGCAAUACGUGUACGCGGAAGGAACAUUUAAUGUGUGAUAAACCUUAGUUUACAUUUUGGCACACUCCACAGUAUAUGCACAGAUUGUGGCAGUUCGGUGAACGCGUGAAAUACGUGACCGAGAAGUUCCGCUAACGUUAUUUGACGUUGCUAGCUGUUGAACCAAGUUAGCAGUAAGUGGUCACGUGACAGCUAAAUGAAAUACACAAGACCGAAAAGUAAAACAAGAAACACAGCCGUCCGAAAAAGCUUAAAAAUAUACUGAAAGGAAUGAGUGCUUUGAUGAGAAAGCCUCUGCUGGUGCUACUGGAACCUGUUACACAAUGAUGUGGUGAGUUGAAACACGUUUGUUGGGCUAGUUCGACCGUUUGUAGUAAGAGGUCUUUUAACCUGUCUUCUCCUAACUGUUACAACCUGGUUGGAUGAUGGGGAAUUAACCUGUUUUGUUGGCUAAAUCUGUCAAAGCGUAUCUGGUUCCUUCCAUUCAAUUACUUGUCACAUUAAAGACUUCUGAAUAGUUUCAGCAGGUGACUCCUCUCUGUUACAGAAACUGACAAGCCUCCCAGAGUGGUCCAUUUAAACUCUUCUCUGUAUGUCAGGCAUCACUUGGCUUGACUUGGCUCUUAGGGUUUACAAGUUGUUGUAACUGUGUGUAGUGCAUAUUAUCCUACAGUUGAAUUAGACUGUAUACCAGGGGAAUAUAGGGUAUUAAAAAUUUGCAUAUCAUCCUGUGGAUAACAUCUGUUGCCUCGCAUGGGUUAAGACCUUCUUUCUUGAAAUGCAUGGGUUUGCAAAGGUAUUAGAGUCUUAUCUGAGCUCAGCUCCACUCAGACACCUCCCUGCUCCAAAGCUUUCCACUCCCUAGUUUGCACUUGGCUCUAAAAGCUCUCAAAAUGAAAUAUCUGUCUCUUGAAUAUAAUUUUUCUUUUAGUUUUACCUUUAGAAAUUAGUAUAAUCAGUGUGUCUUUGAAAGCAGAUCCCUUUGUAAUGAAAGCUGCUGAAACAAAUGUGUGAGGGGCUAAAAAAAAGUAGUUAUGCUUGUGGGUUGCAUUAAUGCAUAAGUGGGUUCAAGGGUUUGACCAGGCACACACAGACAUAGAAAUGGCUAAUGGGUUGUCUCUUAUCUGCUGUCAGGCAUCAUGUUUACUUGACAGCUUUUACUGCUGCGGCAUGUUUUGCUUGUUAAUAUGUGUGCACUGGGAGCAGUCCAUUUCUAGAUCUUGAGUGUCUAAGGCAGGUGGACUAAGUCAACUUGAAGGACAAGUUAGCCAAAUGGAACUGCAUAUUUUGCUCACUGUUGAUUGAAGGAGUAUGAAACUGUCAUUGUGUCAUUUAGCUGUCAUUUUAUCUCUGUGGCGGCAUGGGUGUGGUUUCCUGCAAGUUUAUAAGUAACUGUAGUGGAGGAGGUUGUUUAACGGAUGCUUGAACGACCAGUGAUAAGCAGCCAAGUGUAGCAGUCAUAAACACACACCGUCAUAUUGGCUGUUUUUCCAAAAUACGAAGAGUGCAUGAAAUGGCUCUCAGCUUCUGCUUUGUGCUUCUGCUUUGUGCCUUUUCUAAUCUAAUGAGGUUCACAGAAAUACAAAAAAACAAAAACACAACUUUGUGGCCAAAUUAAUGAUAAGAAGCAUGUGAUUAAGCAAAUUCUGUCAUCACAUAGAACUUCUUUCUAUGAUAGGUGUUGUUGUGUAUUGUUCCAUUGUUCCUACCCUUAAACCUGUCUUCACGUUAUAACUCCACCUUUCUUCCUCCUCCCCUCCUCCCUAUCUGUGUGCUCUCGCUGUAAGUUUAACUUCGUUGGUGUUGUCACUUCACGUUCCUUGCUGCUGCUGCUGACAGAUGGAUUCUGUUUGUUGGGUGAGUAAACUCCAUACCCUUGUGCCCUGUUGCUCCAUCAGGUGAUGACGUGGAUGGUGCCAUGUGAAUGACUGAAGACCAUGAAACCCACACACAAGCUGCUGUUCGUCCUGUGCCCCAUGCUGGUCCUGGGCUUUAUUUACUACUCGUCCGGGAAGCUCCAUCUUCCCGUGUGGGGCCAGAAGUCUCGUAAGUGGCUUUAACAGUCUGUCUUUUAACACUUCUUCGUCACCCCAUCAUCCAUCUGUCAUUCCUGAUGAAAUCUUUGUGUAUUUGUAUUUGUGUCAUUGAGAAAAUCUGUUUGACACCUGUCUCUGUUUUGCUGUUUGCCUCUCUGUGCUCACUGCCAGUUAACUGUUUGUUUCUUUCAAUCUGUGUUUGUCAUUUUUGAAGUAGUUAUUCUACUGUACAUAUGUCAAGCUGUGUGAUGGUGUGUAAUAAAAUGCCCCACUUUAAUCUCGAGUGAGUGGAUUGGAGCACAGGAUGUUGAGGGACGCGUUUAGCUAGAUUGUAUUUUACACGUGGUGCAACAUGCGAAAACUGAUGCGAGCUGUUGUGCCACAGUUGACAAUAUAUUGACAGCAAUUUAACUUAAGUCCCCCUCAGUGUACUCCUUUUCUCAACUCAACGUUGGAUUAGGAGGAAUUGCCAUUUUUAGAUUUCCACACUUUGAUGAUGAAACCGUUUGUCGCAAAACUGUAACUGCAGUUUUGCAAUGCCCUUUUAUAACGCACACACAGAGGGCUCUUCUUCAUCUGUCAUUUUUCAAAACACCCUUGGGUUGCCUGGGUGUUGGUCUUCACACAGUGGGACUUCCUUAAAAAGUCGAUUUGUGUCUAUGAUUAUACAGUAAUGACGACAGUAGGCAAACGCUCAUCUCUGUUACUUUUCAGCUCAAGGAGAAACACGUCUUUAGCCAAAUUAUAAGAUCAAACUGGUGAUGAAGGAGGGCAGGAAGUUGUGUCACUCUGUGUGGGCGCCCUGAAACAGCUGGCAAAAUCCAGCAGAGGGGGCUAGAAGAUUUCCCUUUAACCGUUUUUGUAACUUUGUUGCCCAUGUCCCCCACAGAGAAGGGAAACAUUCUCAUGGAACAACUUUGGGCUGAGAAAACACAAUAACGGUGCUUUGAACCACACCAAGAACUGAGCAGGAAUGAAAACAUCAUGCCUUCUAAAGUGAACAGCUCAGAGAGACUCUCACAUGUGUCGUUGAUAUCUUUGCACCACCUUUAGUGUACAGUCUGACAACGUAACUAAUGUUUUUGUAUUUGGACCAAAAAGUUUGGAGGGGAGGUCCACAACUCUGCCUGUGUAAUACAAAUCAACAAUGUGUACGAUUGAUUUUAGGUCCAGAGUUUAAGGGGUUUUAGUCUGCUGUAUGAUCAUUCAGGUUGGCAUGUUAAAGCUGGUGUUAUUUCCGAUAUGUUGGUUGAUCAAUUCACAAGACUGUCCUCUGUCCGUCCAAUUAGCAGCAGCAGACAUGAUUGAAAAUUUUCUAUCGAGAGUUAGUCCUUGGGAAAUUAUCAGAUCAAGAGGAUUUGUAGCUGGUCUUUAAAUUCAACCUUCUUACAAAUGAGGUAAAGCAAUCCAUAAGUAUUGAAAUACACAUUUCAAAUAAAAAACCUUCCACCACUGCUUCUUGAAAAGCUGAAAUGGUUCUCUAUGAAGGGAGCCUGUGGGGUGAAACCUAUCAUGCAAAACAACUUUCAUCUCUUGAAAGCUGGUUAGUGCAUUGAAAGUGCUCCUCCUCGUCAUCCAUGUCUUUACGUUCUUUGCUCUCAUCUCUACCCCACAGCAAGUGCUGUGUGAUAUUCUUAGUAGAGUGGCAUCGGUAGACUCAUAGUUUGUUCAACUCAGCUUACAACUUACCAUAGGUAAAAAAGCUUUUUAGCAGCACAGUAGAUGUGAUAUCUUUUAUGCUUUUUCCUCAUUGAUGGCUCAUUUUACUGGAGCAGGUCCAGUGGAGGGGAGCUUUAACUGCAGUAAGAAAUACCGGUAUUUUACAUCACUGCUGUGCCAGAUGUUUGGCUUAACUGAGGUCAGGGGGGCAAAGAUGAGCAUGUGGAUGGUCCCUCUAGCCCUCUGUCCUGGUCAGCUAAGCUAUGCUGUCUCACUGAGAGGAUCAAAUCUGUGUAAUCCCUCCUCCCAAUUCUCGAUUUAUAGUGCUAGAAAUGCUCACUGCUCCAGGGGAAAAAAUGGAGCAUACAGAGGCUUAUACCCUGCUCAUCACAUGUAACAUCAAAAGCAUCUUGGUAAUUAAUUUCUCCUUCUGUUCUACAAAUUAUUCAUAGUUUGAUGUCUUGGGAAUAUGCCAAUUCAAGGGAUUUUUGUCCUCUUUCGAGCAGAAAUCCCAGGAUUAGUUAUGCUAACUUUUGAAACCUGUCCGAAAUUACCCGGGCACCUGGCUUUGAAAUUUAGUGUGGAAAAAAUGAAAACAAUGAUCCUCUUAAACACAUAACUGGGGCCUCUGAUCCUGUUGUAGUCAGAGUCUUCUGUUAAAAAAAAGAGUGACUUUGUGUGACCGGAGCUACUGUAUGAAGAUGAAGCAGAUUGUCACCACAUUCAGAACUUUUCUGACCCAUCCAGGUUUUCUUCUUGAGCCAUUGUUUUCUGAUAUAUGCAGAAUUAGUCAUGUAGUUAUGCUUGUGAUCUUUGAUGAAUUAAAGGUCCAGUCCUUUUUCUGUUUUUAUCUAUCCUAUUUAUUUGAUUCUUAUAUGUUUUCUACUGAUGGCUUGAAGCAGCCAUGACUGUGACAUUUGAGUUUAGUCCUUGAAUGACCUGUUGUGAGUCCUCUUUGUGCCGGAGAUGAUGUGUGAUUCUUGUGGGGUUGAAUUAAUGAGAAAACCUGAUCAGCUUGCCUGUGCUGUUUAACAAUAGACUGUUGGCAUCAGUUUACAUGGCCAGGACUUGCUGCCACUGACCCAAGGAGAAGGUGUUAAAUAGACUGACCCACCCACUGUGUUCCAUUGAACUCUAAAAUCCCCUUUUCAAAUCUUAUACAGCCUGUUAAAAAGCUGUGUUUGAAACAAAAAGAACUAAACAUUUGUCAAUAGUUUAUUUCCCUGCAUUGACAUAGUGAAAUGGAGGCCAGCUAUCUAUCGCACGAAGCGUAUUAUGUCUAUCAAUAAAGCCGGUUACAUUACAACCAUUGUCAUUGACUUGUGUUCAUGCUGAGAGCCAACUUUGAGAGAAUAAAACAGCCAUCGAACCGGCUGCCUCUGAGCUGGACUGAUGUAACAGAAGUGAAUGGAAAUGGUUAGGUUUAUGUAUACUGUUAGAUGAGUGACAAAGAGCACCAAACUUGGUGUUUGCCAUUGUUAAUACACAGUAUAAAGAAGAGGCUGUGAAAGUAUGAAGGUUUAAAACUGCUGUGCUCAGUACAAUCAUGAUAUCAAACAGAGAUCGCAAAGAGUGACAAAAACUACAGUUUGGGAUGGACCAGACAUUUUCUGAAACUGUCAUCCUUGUUUCAAGGGUUCAAAUGAAUUAGAUCAGUAGAAUGUUACGGUAACAGUUUGCGACUGUUAGAUAGAGCCCUUUGAUUUAUUGUAUAUUAAUAUGUAGAUUGGGGAUGGGCGAUAUGGGCUAAAAAAUUUAUCACGAUAAGAUUUGCCAUUCUGCUGAUAACGAUAAAAGUCCAGAUAAAAAAUAUUAUAAUUCCAAUCUAUAUUUUUGACUCAUUUUGUCUGAGAACCCCAGUUGGAGUAGUCAAAUAAGAUACUUAACCACAAGUUUAAGUGGUAGGUUAUGGAGAAAACUAAUGACACCAAACAAGUCUCAAAUGUGAAAACACUUUCAACAUCUGUUGAAAACUCUUAUUGCACAGAGUUAACAGCAGCAAAUCCACUGUCCAAUGUCAGGCAUACCUGAUUGCACUCAUCCAAGCCCCAAUCCUGAAGGAAAUCCCUCAUGUGGAGCCUCGUUCAGUAACGAGCUGCUCAGAAAUGUCUUCUUCACCAUCUGCGGCCAUGUUUGUUUGUUAUUCUGCUCUGUGUGGGCUAUGGCUUGGAGUCCGUCACUCACGCCUCCGUCAACAACUUGCAUUUACUGUGAGAUGGCAAAUAUUUAUCAUGGAGGAUUUUUCUGACGAUAUAUCGUAAAGGAUAAUUUAUCGCCCAUCCCCAAUGUAGACACAUCCCUCCACUUGUACCAAAUUGUUGCUAAAAUACUUGAACAACUUUGACAGGUUGAGGAAAAAGGUUUUGGCUGUUUUCUUUCGUUCAUGAUGGUGUAGUUCUGAUGUUGGUUAUUAGGUAGAGAGUGUUUUCACAUGCACGUUUUUUUUUUUGUUUGUUUGUUUGUUUUCCAUUGUGCCCCUGCAAUAGGAUAUGGCCUAACAUUCACUGUGCAACUCACAUAGACCUACAACCCUUAAAUUCACUCUUUUACCAACGUUAAAAUAGCACUUUGAAAUUGGCUAACUCUUGUGCAGCCUCACCAGCUUCACAUUGUGUUACAAGUCUUAGUGUAUUUUGCAGAUGCAGCUAACUGUCUUUUGAACUCCCCAGCAGCAUAAUCACUUUUGAGGGUCUGCAGUCUUGCUAGUAACAGGAACAUCACCUCAGGGUGUCAGAUCACACUCGAAAUUAACACCUGCAGGGUGAGAAAUGAAUUUGUUCCACAAGCCGAGCUGCUAACAGGCACAGGAAAUAAGCCACAGUUUUCAACCCAGUGGAUUUCAGCCCUGAACCGUUUUCUAUAAAUAUAACAGGAAAUUGCUGUUGAUAUGAGGUAAUUGAGAUGUUACCAGAAGGUUCUCUUUUGUUGGUGUUAAAUCUUUAAAGCGGUGCGGUCUCUGCUCGUGUAAAUUUGAUUGUUUUGUUGUCAGUAAGGUCAGCAGUUGUUGAAGAAGAGUGCUCUCAGUAUUCCUCACCCAGGCUUGGUUUCAGCAUCAGGGAUUACAUUCUCUGGUCUCAGAGCUGAGAAGUUAUCCCUGAUACACCUAUAGAAUUUCAGUUGCAGCAGAGACUUAGGUUAGCUUAUUGGGGAAUUUGAUCUCGCUGCAGCCUUCUCAUGGAGAAGCUGAUCUGCGCUACCUUCCCGUUAUAAGAGAACCAAUUUUUGUGCAAUGAUUUGACAUUAUCACAAAUUUAUGCUGUGCUCUUUUCACAAGAGCACUUUUAGUUGUAGUUGUUGUUGUUGUUGUUGUGUUUUGAAGAGGGCUUUGUCGUUAAGUUUGUGCUUUAUCAUCAUCACUUGGUUGAAAGGAAAUGGCAGCUGUCGGAUCGUUUUGUUUACAGAAAAAAUUUCCCUCUCUUCUCAUAAAACCUGUGUGGGUUUUAGUUUUAAGCUAACAAAACCACUUUACUGAGGGUGCCAGGUUUUCAUCUACUUGUUUUAGGUCAACAGGAUAUUGAAAAAGAAACUGACGUGUUAUAUUAUAUACAUGUUUUAUUUACAGCAGUAUCAAAGUCUUGUAUAUUUUCUCUUUAGCAAAGCAAAGCUAAUGUUAUUUUAUAUCACUUGACUCUGCCCUUUAAGAGUAAAUUUGACACUGUGCUUGUACAAUAUGGAAAUAUGGAAGUGAUGAUCUGGUUCGAUGUUGUGAUAUCAGAAAGAAGCGUGGUAAACAAACAUUAAGGAGCAUUGAGAAGCUUCAAUAACUGCGUGGAACUCUAGCUCUGAUCUUCGUAUUUUAAACAUUACCUGUGCAGGCAGCGUGUUUCUCCAGAAUUCAAGAACUCAUUUUUUACAUGACUAAACUAUCAGUAUUUCAUCUGAAGUUAGCAGACAGCUGUCUAAAGCCUCAUUUGACCACAUCUAAAUGUACAGGACGAUGAACACGCUGAGUGAGAACACAUUGAUUUUAUACAUUGAGCAAUUCCCUCUCAUGAAUCAAGAUUUUUGUGAUUUUUUACAUCAGUAGAUUUUUAAAAUCUUACUAAAAACUUAUCCUAACAAACUUAUCCAGAGGAAGUUAAUUACUGUGAGUGUCACAGGUGUCAACAUACCUUUUAUUCACAACAGGGUGAGUCAUUCUUCUAGUAACUAAGGUCUGUGUGUGGCACUACUUUGGUACUAAAUUCACUCUUCAGGAUCAGCAUUAGAUCUUUGAUGUUUGGUUUUUCUCUGUCUCUGUGUCUGCCUUUUGUGUGCGUCUAUUUUUGUGCGUAUACCACGGUCUGUGUUUUGUUGAUUCUGAAACUAUUCCUUCUUUUUUUAUUUUCUGAGAACGUUGGUCUUUAGUUGAGUGGUUUCUAGUGACUUCCUCAGCUCCACAGUUGAUGAGUGUCUUAACCCCCUUUUGUUUUCAGAAAAUGUUGCAGAAGUGACAGCUGUAGUCACUACAGCCGAGCCGAAAGGGGCUGAAGUGAAAAGAAUUCCAGGUAGAGGCUUUGAGACUCUGCCCCUUUGUGCUGGGUGUCUGUCAAAUUGUUGUGCCGCGGAUUUUUCAAGCUGAGUUUUUUUCCCCUGCAAUAUAAAUCUCUGCUAAUGCAGUAAUAUAAGCUUCACCUCACAUUUUUUUUACCGCUUUUAUUUACCUGUCAUCUUUUUUUUUUUUCUUUUUUACCAGUGUGUACUUCACUCAUUCAGUUUUCAUGGGUAACUUUGGAUCUUCCACAGCCGUUAUAACCACACAAUGGGGGCUUUCUGCACCUAAUUUUCCACUUCAUUGGACUUUUUGACUUUGAAUAAAGAUGGGGACUCUGAAUUAUAAUUCAACCUUCUGGGAUUAAAGCUAUUAACCUUUCCUUCCCCUCCUCCUCCUCCUCCUGCUCCUUUCUUUUGCUCUUUAAUGUUUCACGUUUGCAAUUGUGCUAAUGCCAAAAUAGGGUGACAUGAAUCUGUGCUAACUGACCACUUUGUGUUGCAGAGUUGGAAACAGACAUCCCCGCGGGACGAAUAGUAGGCUCAGGUACAUCUGCAGCCCCACCUGCUGUUCUCUUACCCAUCCUUGUUGUUCCUUCACUCUGAGAAACUCUGAAAGCAGCAUCUUUUUGAAAAAGUCCUGCAACGCUUCAGCCACUACACUUGGGUUAGGAAGCUGGCAAUGUUUUCGAUUUGGGGCUCAACUAACUUCCUAAUCAAAUCUGUUACUAAUAUAUGGGUUGCUCAGAAACAUAAAAGUUUUUGUAAAUUGUACCAUACUGAACUUUGCACCCACGACAACAAGUGAGGACUGUACAGUCUGUACAUGACAUGGCAGUGUGAUACAACGCUGCCCCCUGUUGUCUUUGCUCUGUAAGAAACAAUCAGCCUGUGAAGCAGUCUGCAGGAGCUUUGGUGCACGAUUCUCGAAGGACAAACUUUCCACAGACAAACAUUUGCAUUUUUUUGUGGCAACCCUGCCUCUUUAUUUUCUCCCAAGCUGCUGGCUCCACUUGGCCCUCUGGCUGCUUUAUGCUUCUCUACAGAAACAUAAUAAGCACAAACACACACUCACCCAUCUUGGCUGCUUUGGCAAAAGUCCUCCAUCCUCCAGGGCAGUGCUUGGAUCCUUCCCUAACCAGCCAUCAUGCAUUUCCAUUGUCUUUUGUCUUUAUCUUUCUCCUCCAGCUGCUCUGUGAAGACGAGAUCCGCUACAACAGGAGUGAUUAUGCACACCUCCUACUUUAACCAAUGCAAGAUAUAACCACAUUUCAGAGAUAGAUCUUUAUAUUUUAAAUGUUCCAUAGUCUGUGUGAGUGUUGGUAUGACACAUAAGACUGCAGCAUAGGAUCCUCAUAUUACACCUUCCUGAACAAAUUCUCAUCUCUCCAUAUUGUAGUUUUCUGUGCUUUUUCUGUCUUUUGCCUCGAUGCUUCACCAGGCACCUAUUGGUCCUCCAUAGGUGAUCUCUAAUGUCUUCUCUAACUUUAUUUUACACUCAACAGAUUGUUUUGGCUCGCUUUUCCCCUAACCUCGCUUGUUUUAUCACAAAUCUUGAUUAUAAUGCUUACUUAUCUUUUACAUUGGCUGCACUGUUUACCCCCCGUCAAUGAUGCACAGGUUGUUCACAACUGCAACUAAUACGCUGAAAUGAAAUAGACUGACUGAUCAGAGUAUACGUUCCAACUAUAAAACAUUUUAACCUGAGAGCUGCCAUGCUGUUUGCGUAUGUAUAGGCUUGUGCAGUGAUGGCUGUCUCCUCUUUAUUCUUUCUUUUCCAGUGUAUGAUAAGCAGGGCUUUCUGCUGCAGCUGGACACAAAACUGUGAGUACAUCCCCUUCUAAACAAUGUGACAUGUAAAGUAGGGGUGGGAGAAAAAAUCGAUACAGCAUAGUGUCACAAUAUUUUAUUUUUCAAACUAAUUGCUAAUAUGAAGUCAAAUCUAUGAUAAUGGAAAAUAAAAUCAACUGUUUGUCCAGUGAGGUUGGCAGAGGUGACAUCAUAGAGCAGGAGAAAGUUAGUACAACAAAUAUAUGUCAAGUUUGGAAGAUGUGCUACAUGAUAAUAAAAUACUGUGUAAAUAAGACAAACAAAAGUAUUGCAAAAUGUUAAAAAUGUCGCAAUAAUAUCGUAUCGUGGCCCAAGUAUCGCGAUGAUAUGGUAUUGUGGGACCACUUGUGAUUCUCACCCCUAAUGUAAAUCAAGUCUCCAUCAUGCACCCUGGGGAUACUUCUAACUUGUUAUAUUUAGAGCAGCUGAAGAGCCAGUCAAACUGUGUCUCCAUUAGUUAGAAAUGUUUUACAGCUUGUUCUCCUGAAUACUUUUCUCACUGAAUCUAGUUGAUCAAUGUAAAUGUAAUCAUGUAACGUGGAAGUCUUGACCUUUGCCUAAUUAAUCUGAGUUGAUUAUUUUAAACAAACCCUCUGACAAACGCUCAGGUUUAAUAGGUGGUCUGAGUAAUAUCUGAGGAGAUUUGUGUGAAUUGUUAUGUGGUUGGUGAUUUCCCAUUUGUCUCAGAGCGGCUGAGGGUUUUCAGGGCACAGAGAGCACGCUACACGGGCUCAUUACAUAGCUGUCAUUGUGUCAGUGUGUCUGUUGAUCUGUACACAAUCCCGUGAAUUGGUUUGACACUCUUGCUCUUCUCUGCCAUGGGCCCCCCUCUCUGGCUCACCCUGUACAGUGGGAAAUAAUCAUAAGCUGCUGCCAUCACCACCCUCCCACCCAGCUUGCAGGGCAUGUCUGUCCACACUCUACACGCACCCUGUAUGCCCCAUGUCAGCAUGCACUUUAAGGUGGUUUCAGUUUACGUAACACAGCUCCCUACAUUAUAUCUGCUGUGUCAUUAUUUAUUCUUUUACAGCACAUGCAUACAGUAGUGCAAUUUAUCUUCAAAGGAGCAAUUACUUUUGUAAGUAGGGUAAUUUAGUCUCAGCAGGUGGUCUAAAUGAUGGAUAAGUGCCUCGACGCUUUAUUUCAACCAGACGACUCAUCAUCCAAAGGACUAUUCAGGUUAAGCUGCAAUUGAACAGACUUCAAGUGUGUACUUGAAGAGUAUACCAGAAGAGUAUCAAAAAUUUUGAAAUCACUCUCUAAACUUUGAUUUCAGGUUUUACAUAGAGCAGGGACUUCAGCUUCUUUCCCCCCCGUCUCUGUUUAUUUGAACUUCAUGGCAUUCAUCAGGUUAUUAAUGAUCACGCUAGUAAUUGGGAGGUUCAAGUUUGAGCCCUACUUGGUGAUUAUUUGAACAAGGCCCCUUUGCUUUGUCAUGCCACACACAGAUGAUACACGAAGCUCUCCAACUUCCUAGGCAACCCGUCCUCUCUUAUCUCCCAGGCAGAUUGUUUGACAAGCUCAGCGUUUGAGGCUUGAAACUGUGUCAAUAUAAUUGAUAACCAGCUGUCAUGAAGUGUCAGAUAAAUGACUCCCUCUUUUCUUUUCAUGUGCAGGCCACCGGAGCUGGCAUACAAGUAUGGCAACCUCAGCGAAGGAGUGUGCAAGCCAGGAUUUGCAGCAGCAAAGAUGACCACCAUCUAUCCCAAGUGAGAAGGAUUGAUUAAUAGUUUGAGUUUGGAGAUGCAUGCAGGCUUCAAGAGCUUCCACACCAAAUCAAGAGCUUAUCAAACAAAUCAUUUCAAAUUGGAUGUCAACAGGAGAAAAGCUGAAACUGUUAUCUAGCAUACCAACAUGCAUGAUGUCACUCCUCAAGCCAGCUUGGCCUUGAGGGUUUUGAGUCAGGAACAGAGAAGCCCCCACAUUCCUACCCAACGUUCCCCCAUUUCAAUCAGCUCCUUCCCAACCGCAAAAACUCGGACUGUGCCCUCGUAAUCCCCCUGUUACACAAAAGGACCCUUGUAGCCUGUGCAUAAGGUCUCCCAUCUUUCCUCUGUCCGUAUCGUAGAGCCUUAGAGGCUUUCUCUAUGAACAACACCAGCCAACUUCCUGUCUUGACUCAACACCAGCUUCCUGCUACCCAGCCCACACGUUCCUCCAUGGCUCAUACUGAUCUCAUUGGCUCUUUUGAUUUUCCUCUUUGCCUUGGUUUGCCGCCCAUCUCUACUCCAUCUAUAGAGCAUUGUCCCAUCAGCAUUCUUGGGACAAAGCUAGUAGAGGGGUAAUUUGCUGCACUGCUGAACAAUAGCCAUAGGCACUUGAUUGCAGUGCGUGACCCAGAUAUAGGACGAAAUCUCCAUCCCAUUUCCAAACCUAUGAACCAGAUUUAUCUUUCCCCUGAAGGUGCAGCAUGUAUAAAGCUUCCAAUUCCAAAAUGACAAGUUAUUCACAUAUUUUACCACCAUCCUGCCUAAAAAUGCUGUCCCCUGUUAUACCUGAAUGCAGAGAGAAAAGGGACAAGAGACAAACCGCAGGAAAGAGAAUAAGGAAGGCAAACCCAGGGUGAGAGGCCUGUAGGCUGUACGCCCAAACUCUCCCCUACUCCUAAAUUUUCAUCAGGGAAGAGAGGAGAGAAGAGAGAGUGAAAACAGAGAGAAGACUCUGUAGAGAGAAGAAGACGUGGUGAAGCAGAACCAGGGUGAGAAGCCUCUUUGAGCUUGAUGCACUCCUGCUUGUUGAGGCUGUGUUGUAGGCUGAUGGAGAUGACAACUCAACCUAAAACAGAAGCAUCAUCAGCACCAUGUGUUGUAAAUUGCGGCGCUUCUUAAAGAAGGACUGUUUGUGGAACUGCCUCGUACCUAUCUCAGAGGGUACUUGUCAACAAAGCCCGCCCUUAUAAUGACUUCCCCUAAUCAGCCGCACGUGUCGGAUCAAAGCUCUGUAAAACACAAAACCCCCACUGGGAGUCUACUGAUUACCACCACCCUCACCCCAUUCACAUUCAGGUCAAUGAGCGCAAUUAAUGCGGCCCUUUGUUUGACGUUGUGUGCUCUCGUGUAAGUGUUGCUACCUACACAGUCUCGCAGUGUCUGAGUUUGAAUGUGAUAUGUUGUGUCAGGUAGAAGGGAGUAAACUAACUAACAUCUUGGUUUUUUGGUCACUUUUUUAACAUCUCAGCAGAUUAAUCGACUCCUUGUUUAUUUGAAUCCUUAUUAGUAUUUUGUUUAAAUAGGUGUGGCCUGCAGUUCAGCAGACGGAGAAAACCUACUUAACCUCUCGCCGUGUGGCUGUCCCUCUAAUCAUCUCCUGCUUCCUCCGUGUUUGUCUUCUCUGAAGCCUCUGCCCUGCAGAAUUCAAUUUAUUUUCCACACCUCCCCUCCUCUCAGCUUUACCCAAAAUGUUUGUAUUGGAGCCCUAAAUCAAGUGAUGGCUGUGAACUUGAAGCGGCACGGUUAUGAAAAUAUUUCCCGUGAGACCUUUACCUUGCAAAGGAAAUGAGUACAAUGCGUCCCCUGCUAGUUGUCUGUUUUGGGAGCCCUCACUUCUUAUUUAACAACAAGCAGCCCCUUGUCUCUGUGCUUUGCCAGGAUGUCAGUGACUGACUGUCGGUCAAGGCUCAGUGACUUGCAAUGGUCCUGUGUUAUUUAUAGCCCCUCCUGGCCUCAGAGGUUUUAGGUUUAAUGAAUCUCCAUUUGUUUUGGCAGGACAGGAGUCUCUGAGUGUGUGUACCCCCGUCAGGUGAUGUGAAGAGGAGAGACAGUCACUGGAAACCGCCUUACCUCUUGAGUCUCUCUGCUCUCAUACGUUGAAACUGGGGGAUAAUGAGGAUAUCAGAGACCGAUUAGGGUGCCUGGAAAAGCUUUAAGCUAACCGGAUGGCGUUCCAAUAAUGUCAGCCAUGUUUGGUCAUUGUGCCUCAGUGCUCUACAUAUUUCUUUUUCAUGGCUGUGUUAUGGUAACAAGUGAUCCCAGAUUCCUGAAACAAGGGGGUGUGAUGGUUCUCAUGUGUCCUCUUGAUUCCAGUUUAAAAUGCCUUUGCUAGUGAGUGUGGUCUGUCUGCUCUGGGAGCCAUAAUUUAUGUUUAGUGAGAAAGAACAAUCAUUUAUAUGUGUUUGUAUGAUUGUGUGUGUGAGAGCGGCCCAUCAGCCUUUUAGCUCGAUGCAAUAGCUCUGUCGCUGGUGGUCUGCUUUCUGCUAAUGAGACUGUGCAACAAUUUUUGUAGCUGUCUUCUGUCAUAAACAAAAUAAUGCACAACAGCUUAAUAGAUCUCCCCGAGGCGCCUAGCAUUGUCUUUUUUUCUGUGUGUCUGUGUGCAUCUGUGUGUUGUGAUGGAUCAUUUAGGUCCGACAUGGACACGCACUCAGCUCCUCACAUGUUUAUGUGAGAAAAGCGUCUCCCUCUCUUGUGUCUCUCCCCGCCGUGCUUGACAGCGGGUCAUAAAAACACACAUCCAUCUUUAAGCCACACUCCGGUCACAGGCGUGACUGAGAGGAAAUGGCUUCUUUUGAUUUUAGAGCAGCCGUUAAUCACACACACACAAUCACACUCACACUGUAAUAUAGACAUACAGGAUAAGGAAGAGGCGAUGCUAAUAGCGGCAGAUCACAGGGCGUUCGUCACAGACAUAUCUUAGAAUAUCAAACUCUUCUUUAUAUGCUGGACUUUUCCCUUCUUGCUGAGAGGUAUAACUCAACACAUAAAAACUGUUAUUUGGUAUUUAAAGCCUGAACACCUGUGGAAGUGUUUUUCAUUGAAAACAACUUUCUGCAGUCUUAUUCCCUUUGUAGCAACAGUCUUUCCACAUAUCCCUUGAAGAACAGCACUCUGGCAUGAGUAUGCUGUCAGAGCAGAUUUAGUACGUUGCGUGUUGGCUGUGAUUUAGUCCUGGGUGGAGAGGUUAUGUUGAUGGGUUAUGCACUGUAACUGCCAGCAGUGUCUCUCUCUCUGCCUUUCAGUUUUUAUUACCCACUUGGUCUCCAGCUACCUUACGAAUGUGUGUGUGUGUGUGCAGACUCUGCUUGUGUUGAGGGGCUUGAAUAGGACAUUUGGGGAUGCUGUUAAAUUAAUGAAAUUGGAACAACAACUUUGAGACUUAAACUUUGCCCAAGACAUUAACACCACUGUCCCAGGUGGGAGCCGUGGGAAGCCGAGAGCUGUGUUAGGGGAAUGCACAACAGUAUCAAUCAUUCUUAAUCACUCUAGGAUGGUUACAGAAGCGGCUGUGUAGGAUAUAAUGUAGCAUGUUUUUCUUGUUCUUUUUUCUGCUGUUGAUUCUUCCUCCUCAUGUUCUUUUUCUGCAUCUUAUUUCAGGUUCAUGAAACCAGCGCCCUUGUUUCUUGAUCGAAACUUCAAACGGUUAGCUAAAGUCAGCAAUUAUUUACCCCCAUUUGGAUUCAAAACGCAAGGUAAGACAGGUUCAUUUCAUCAGUAACCUCCUACUGUAUGUUUCUAGUGUAAUAGGUCUAUAAUAGUGUCCUGAAACUCACAAAUAUUAGGGACAUUUGUGUUUUAAUGUUGAAGCUGAUAUUGACUCUUCGACCCCAGUGCCCCUGGUGAAGUACCUAUUUAAGGCUUGAGGUGGUACUUGUAACUUAAGUUAUUUCAUCUGAGAUUGCUGUAUCAAACUAGAGUGUAAAGUGGUGAUUUAAAGAGAAGUUAGUGCUGCUGACAUUUUACUUUCAUCGGGUGUCAGUCUGCUUCCAAUACCUAAUCUGCUUUAUUCAUUCAUGUUACUUGCGGGACUGAUUAAGUGGUUUUAACAUCACUGUGGCGAAGCUAAUUACGUCCAGAUACCUGCUUUGUUUAAACUCACUUCAUCAUCAAGGUCUGUGUCUGGAUCACUCUGGUUCAGCUGUGGAGAAUGCCAAAGUUCUGCCUUGUUGCUCUCUUCAUCAUUUGUCAUUUUUGUAAGGCUGCUGUUCUUGGCAGAGUACGCUGUGCCUCAGGACUGUUUUUCUGCUUUGUCCUGAGUUGAGACAAAAAAGAAAGGUAAUUCACCAUAGUGUACAUUCAGUCAUUAGAAGUGUCUGGCAAAGUUUUACUGUCAUCAAUUAGUAAUGUAACUUUGGACUGUUAGAAGAAAACUCCUCCUGCUCUCUUACUCAUAGACAUUCUUAAAAUUGAACAUUUUAAGGGCGAUAUCUGAACAUUGAUGCAUGAAACAACCUCAUCUUUGUCUUAAUCUUAUGUGAUCCAAGCAUUUUAUAUUGUGUGACUUCUUGUGAGUUUUACAUUCUGAUAGCCGGUCUCACUUUUCAGCUGGCUGAAAAACAUCUUAUUUUGAAUCUGCAAAUCUUGAUGCAAAAAAUCUCCCAAUCAACCUUUCACCUCCACUCACCCUUAAUCAAAAACAAAAUAAGGAAACCACCGGGGUGGCAGAAAUCUCUUUUUAAUUGUCUGUUCAUCGUUUAUGAGACAGAAUUGACAAAAGAGAUUAGAUCAACUUUGGCAUGGCAUUAACUCCUAAAUAGCUCAAAUAAAGAAUUAUACCAGGCUGUAGUUUAUGUAAAUAUUCAGUCAGUCUUUAUCCAUAAAAGACUAAUUCACAGCAAAUGUUAUUCCAACAAAAAGAAAUCAUUCAAAACCCCAUCCUCUCUUCUCAUGGAUUUAAUUUUCUUGUCCCUGGUUAACGUUAUAUUCGACAGACGAUGCUUACACAUCAGACAUGAGCUGUCUUUGAGCACAGGUUUCCAGAGCAGUCCUUGCUGCUUUAGAGUGUUUCAUGGAGUAGUAUUAAAGAUUAGGUUUGUUAAAUCAAAAUAAUACUUUGUUGUUAUCUGUUAAAAUGAAAGUUGACCGCCCACAUGGUAACCAUGAUAUCUAUAACUCUAACCUUUUGACUCAGAGAAUAUGUUUUUAAACUCACAAUACUUUGUCAGUAUACAGAAUAUUAGUCUUUCUUAAGCCCUGACAUUCAUACUAGGCACUCGCUAAGCAUUCAUACAUCAAGUUUUUUUUUUUUCCAGGAUAAAUAGCAAAAAUAAAUAGUGGGAAGAGAACUCACGAGUUCUGACACUCCACACACACUUGUUCCCUGACCUGAACACACUCCAGAUAUCCUACCUGUGAGUCUGCACGGUGUCAUGGGAACUGAAGAGAUAACGUAAGCCUCGGUGACAUGCCCGGUCCCAUAUUUUCCAAUACUUCAGAUCAGAGGGCACGGUGAAUGUUACCUUUGUGCUCUGGAAAGUGCUCCACUGUCAUACAAACACACAUACACACACACAAGUACACUUAGAGUGAAUAAGUGUGUAUCAAAGGAGCACUCCUUGUGUGAGUGUCACACCUGGUUUCUGUUUUCUCCACGGACUGCCAUGGCAGUGGGGUUUCCCUUUUAGUGGUACUCAUGUGGAGAGAUGAUACGUGUGGAUCUUGAAUAGAAGGCCACAAUGGAUUCCAAAUUGGGAACAUGAAGUGGUAAUGUGUGGAGGCGGGAGUUUUAUUUUUACUUUUCACUCUGCUGUCAGGAGGUAUCUUUGGCACACAUCAGUCAUGGCCUGAGAACAGUAAAGCUGUGUUGAUCCGUUCUCGGAGAGAAACCAGACUAGUGAGCCCUGAGCAAUCCAUUUGGCUAAUAGGCUUUAUUACCCACUGAUUGUUAAAUUUCAUUGUCAAAAUAAAUCUUGCUUGCUUAAAAUGAUGUCUUUCUGCAGUCCAAAGACUUAGUAAAGCUAAAGGGAUUUAGCUAAGUGACAGAGGCCUUAUGGAGUAAUUCCCACCAGCAGUAGCUGAUGACAGACAGACAUGAGAAUUGGCUUCUAAUUAGGUGGAGUGCAAUUCAUAUUCAUGUUUGAUUUAUUUAGAUUAUGCAGCUUACUGUAUUGGCAUAACCAGAGUAUGAUAUUUACACUGGCUCUUCCCGAGUCACAUGAUCAACCUCUGGAUGAGAUCGCCUGUUCACUGCUUUUCUUUGAAUGUGAGACCAAAGCAGGUGUGCAGAAGUGCAAGAGUGGAUAUGAUGAUGUUGCAUUAAAUAUCCUAAAAUGUAGUAUAAAGUGUUCCUUAUUGUAAAGGAAUGAAGGUGUAUGUGAGCAGCUGAUUUAGAUGGUCAAUUUAAGAGCAGUUAGGGACUUCCUGUAGCAAACACACUAGGGCUGGGCGAUAUGGCCUCAAAUCAAUGUCAUGAUAUAUUGAGCAGUUCACCUCGAUAAUGAUAAAUGGACAAUAACUACUACACAAGCUGCUCACCCACUCCCACAUGAACUUCGUCUACUUAAGCCGCCGCUCCAGCCGCUACAACUUUUGAACCGUCCUCCAUCUGUCGUAAAUCUCGGUAUCAGUAAAUUUUCAGUUUACUGCCCAGCCCUAAAACACAUUAUACUGAAACUAUUUAAAUAGGAGGAAGUAAACCUGUAAGAAAAAGCAACAUGCUUCUACAUUUGAUAUGUUAUAAAAUAAUGUAAAAAAGGUUUUUCCUCAUGAGUAGCGGAGUUUUUGUUUUACCCAUGAUGGCAGUUCUUCUUUUGUAUUUUAUAAGUAAACAAAUAGGAUAAAUGUUACUCUGAAGUGGUCACCUCACAACCAUCAAGUUAUCAUUUGCUUUCUUUUCCUGUGUUGAAUUAAAAGCCUACCAAGGAGAAAACCUAACAAAUACCUUUCUCUCUCUGAUUCUUUAUAUUGUUUAGGCUACACUCUUCCCAACAAUGUGUCUGUGUUUAUGUGUCAUGUGAUGCAUCCUCUGUGUUACCAGCAAAGAUUUUUGUCGUUUUUUGAGUUCCACGUUGGACUAAUGUCUGAACCCACAGCCAUUUGUCUUUUGCUCGUACACCAGACAUACUUCUCUGAAAUGUUUACCCUGGGUACUUAUAACAAUUAGCUUCUAUGUCGUUCGCUGGAAAAGAGUCAUGCCCAUUGGGAUUUUUCACUUUGCACCCGCUUAGAUCCAGGUGUGGUCCUCAGCCUUGUGUUUAUGCCGCUCGAGGUGAUGCUUGAUGCCGGACAUCGACACCACAUCCAAACAAUGGGCUGCAGCUCUGCUCCCCUCCCCUCAGCAGGUUAAUCAUUAGGAUCGUUAGCCAGGGUGAAUGGAGCAGCGAUUCGUCUUCUCUGAGGCCCCACUCUAAACUCUCUUGUUCUCACUCUCUCUUUACUCUCACUUUUGCUGUUUCUCUUGGCUCCUCUUUGCUCAACUUCGAAAUGUAUGGUAAAAAUAUUAAGUGAGGUAGAGAGAGCAGUGAAAAGACCUCUCAUUUUUAACAGCUUAACACCCAGUGGCUCCUUUUCUCCAUGUGGGAUGCAAAUGAAUUAAGAUGAUGAUGAUGUAUUAUGGAGCAGAGGCAGACAUUCCUGCACAUUUGAGAUGUUACAAACGCUGAGUAACAAUUGUUAGAGGUCUAAAAAAGGUCAGGAGCAAACAGAAAUAUCCGACACAUCUGAAGAUGGAAGCAUGACUGCAGCAGAAUACCUUGUAGAACAUGGCAGGAAUGUGUGCUAUGGCUAAACAUCCCCGUUUUUCACCUCGCCAUCCCAGGGGUGCUAGCCGCGCAGGGAGCCCAGCCCACCAUCACCCACUUAACUUAACUUUAGGAGAAUGUGCUUGUUUGAAAACAGCAUUCCUCCCUGAGUGCUUUUAUGGAAGAGUUUCUACAUACACACGCAUACCAUCCCGCAAACCUGUGGGUCUGUCUCGAGCAGUUCCACUCCCUCAAGGAUCACAACAGCUUUUUCCCCUCCAUAAUCCCAUGACCACUGGCUGAUUGUUCAACCCUUAUCUGUGGCUGAAUAAACCCAGAGAGGUGUUUUGUCCUCUAACUGUCUCAAGACCACCUAGACCGAGAUAUCUCAAGCUGCACGCUGAAGGUUCUGGCAGUUUUUCAGUCUUUGAAAGGUGCAAUACUCAGGUUUCCGUGUCUUCAAAUGGCUCACUUUCAUUAUUUGAUGCCAUCAUGUACUCUGAAUUGAUGUUCUGCUUCAUGAAGAGGGAAAUCCAAGUCUUUUUUGUUGUGGCAAAAGAAAGAUAAACGCCUCUUUAAUGGGCAGAUUUGACACUAGUUGUACUAUUUGUCUCCCAUUUACGGCCAAAAAAGCAAUUAUCCACAAGUGAGUUUACACAAAACCUGCUCUGGGCAAUCAAAUUAUUCACAAGUAUUUACAGUUGAUACACUGAUGUAUACAGACAUACUCAGUAUUUUUUAGUGCUCUCAGCCUCUCCUUCCUUACUUCCUUUCUUUAUUUACCUCUCCAGAGAGAAUCAUCGACAGCAUUUUAACUGCCACUAAAGAUUACGGAUUGGGAGAAGAACUAGACAGGUAUGAUUACAACUUGCACACAUUUCCAAAAGUCUUGUUCUGAGUAUUUAUUAAUUGCUAAUUGUACUAACAUCUGACCCUCUGGCUGUGCAGUCUCAGUUGUAAAAGAUGCAUUAUUGUGGGAAACGGGGGCAUCCUCUUCAACAAGUCCCUGGGCUCCCGGAUAGACGAAUACGAUGUUGUUGUAAGGUAAGAUAAUGCCACAUUUUCCUUAUUUCUCUUUUUUAUUUUGUUGAAAAAGGCAUUAAAACUGAUUGUAUUCUGACCCAAAUUUGCAAUAAAAAGAAAACAUUUGAUCACAAAAAAGAUAAUGCUACAUUCUGUGUUUGAAUAUUUGAGGAAUUGAUCUCCUGAGAGACUGCCUAGUUUAUUAACUAUAUAAAAAAAUCCUUAAAAAUUAAAUCUUGUAAUCUUUUGAGAAUAAACUAUGUAAGUCAAAACCAAAUUCCAUGCAGUGACUCACUAUUUUAUUGUUGUUUUGCCAGAUUGAAUGAAGCACCAGUGAGCAGUUACAGCAAAGACGUAGGGACCAAAACCACCCUAAGGAUUACAUAUCCAGAGGGAGCCAUCUCGAAGCCCGAGAACUACGAAAAAGACUCCCUUUUUGUUUUUUCUGCUUUCAAACCCCUGGACUUCAAGUGGCUCAAACACAUGGUCUUCAAGGAGAAGCUGGUGAGUCUAUUUUUAAACGAUUUUGAACAUCGUAAACACACCUGGAGGAACCUCUAACUGCAUCUCACUGAUGAUCAUUCUGCAGACAAUUAUAUCGAUAAAAUAAUCGUGGGUGUUUAGUCUGUGUUUUAUCAGGAUUCAGAUCCUUUCCCGGCAUCCACCGAGUUGCAGAGAAAUUCUACCUGUCACUUUCUAAAUUUGUCAGGAUAUCUGUGUUGUGUGGUUAUUUUAAGUAAUCACAUUCUGUACAUUCCUUCCUGAAGAAAUGCAAACUGUUUUUGUUUAAGAGGGCAGCAUGGAUCUCUGUUUCAUAAUGGAGAUGUUUUAGAUGCUUUGAAUGCUCAGCCAGGAAAGGUUGUUUAGAAAAAGCAAUACCUAGUACAGUUAUUUUUCCACCAUUCCAGCUACAGAGUGAAGGUUUCUUAAUUGCUUCAUUGACAUAUUUUAUCUUGAAUUGGUUUAACACAUUUUGUUGGUGUUCCUCUGAACCAUGUGUAUGUGUGUGUGUGUGUGUGUGUAAAGACCACUUCUGUCAGAUCAGGAAACCCAGAACUAGGGAAACCUUUUUCUAAGAACAGCUGUGUGACAUUGAGGGAGCAACUGCCAGCUGUUAUUUUUACAAGGUGACAUUUGUCAAAACUGUACAGUCAGGAGUGAAGGAAGAGAGGAAAGGACAAUAGCAUUAUAUCAGGAUGAAAAGGGCAGUCACUGGCACGCUGAAACUAACCUUGGUGUGAAUUUGGAUUAAAGGUAGAGAAAAAUAGAGGAGGAAAAGAGAUGGAAAGGGUAAAAGGGAUAAUAGCUGGGGAAAAGAAAAUGAGCAGUGGAAGCAUCAGUAAAGUCAAAUGGAGGAAAAUAGCCUGCUUGGCUGGCUGAUGGCCUCUUUAACCUUUGAUAGAGCCCAGAUUUUUCUGGUGUGUCAGGGGGAGAGGACAGUGGAAAUGGCUGCCUGGGAUAAUUGAUCUGGCCUCUGGCGGUCAACUGGGCUUUGAUCUGCUGAAGAAAGAAGAAUGUUGCUCAUUGGUUAAGAAACAGGGAACAAAAGAAAAUGGGGUCUUUUUGUCGGAGACUUGAUGAAAUUAUGGAAGAAAAGAACAGGCAGAUGUUCAGGUCAUGGCCAUGGAGUCUCUUUGGUACAGUGCUGUUAAACUGGUAUGAGAACUUUCCCCUCAAUACUGCAUUUGUUUUACAAGUUUUAUGUUGAUGAAUUGGCACUAUUUUUUUCCUGGUUAUUACCCAGCUGGACUAAAUACUUGAUUCUGAUUGGUGAGAAUUGUGGCAGAAAUGUUUGUGAUCGUUCUGAAUUGGCUGGCUAAACCACAUGAAGUGUGUAUCAAAGGUUGCCAUCACAACUUUUUUGUAAAACAAAAGCACCAAACUUUAGAUUUAUUUGAUGGAUGACCUGAAACCAGUAAAGAAAAAAAACUUGAACAGCAACAGCGACAGGAGGUAAAAGACUUAACAGUCAGACUGAUACCAAGUGGAAGCAGAAGGACAUCAAGCAAACAAAAACAGCAUUUGAGGGCUAAUGGAGUGAAAAAAAAAAUGAUGUCAGGAGUGAUAGGGCAGAAGGUCUAAAUCAGGUGCUUCAGUCAUCAAAAGCUCCAGGGUGUAAAACUGAAAUAUUUUCUGGUUUCUUUUGUCAGAUUCUCGAUUGAAAUGCUUCCUUGCUCAUCCCUUUUGUCAGUGAAACUCUGCAAGUGAUGGUCCAAAGUCCAGAUACUGCUAUGAUGCAUCCAAAUACCUUCCAAUGUUUUCCAAGUGGCUAUUUUUCAAAAAGCCCCGGACUUAAAACAAGUUUCUAGAUUAUCUGUUUUGUGUUACCGUGGAAACAUGGUGGUAUAAGAUACUAACCCAUGGGUGGACCUGCUCCUUAUGUCAAUGUAAAAUGGCUCAAUUUCAGUGAGCCAAAAAAACAAAAACAUUUUUAUUUUCAAGGGACUGCUCACAAACAUAAAAAAUACUGAUGAAUAUUAUAUUACGUUUCUACCAUGUCUUCUCUUCUAAAUGCAGCUGAAUACUACACAUUGUGCCUUUAAGGCAUCAGUAGUUGCCCUCAGAAAAUCACUAAUAUUACGACUUAAACCUGAAUAGUAAAAUAAAAAUGUGAAGGUUUUUUUUUUGUUUUUAACUAAAUUUAAAUGUUUGAUUUGAACUUUUCCUACAUGCAGACUGAUACGAACCUGUUGCCAUUAAAGCUCUACCAGCUAUAGAUCCAACAUGAUCCCUUACAUGUAUCAUUAGUUGUUUGAUUUGUUCAAUGUUGGAACAUUGAGGGAAAAGUUCAUCGCAGUAACUCAAAGUUCUUGGUUUUGAUAUUUUUUGUAAAUGCAUGGCUAACUAACCUUUGGAGCUUAAUUUAACACACGUUCUCAUAUUAAAUCCAUCAUGCAUUAUUCACCUGUUCAUGGAAUUAAUUUUCAACAGAUAUCAAAUCAACUUCUGAGAAAACUUUUCAAGGCUUUUCUUUCCUUUAUUGUAAAGAUAGGACUUUGGACAGAGGCAGAAAUAGGGAGGGGAUGUGGCAAAGGGCAGUCUAGGAGAGUUGUACCUGAAUUAACUACUGGUCCGAACUAGGGCCCUGUCCUAAAUAAACUCUUAGAGUCCUGGCAAAAAUAGCAGUCAUGGUUAUCAGCUUGGUUGGUUGAUUUUGGUCCCACUGUUAUGUGAUUUACCCAUCACAUUCAUUUUUAAGCUUGAGUGUGAGCGGGUGAGGUGGAGAGUUUGAUUGUUCGCUUUGUCAGAACACAAAGAAACAAGCAGGUGGUUUGAUUUCUCAUAGAGUGGUUAGUCAGUGGAAUUUAAGCACACAGGUAGCUCAAAGGCAGUGACGAAUGUUCAUGUUAAGCUGGCAAUAGUAUCUGUUUUCUGUGGAGAGUGGAUUUUGAGUGUUAACAAAAACAUGAAAGGUGCUGAAAUCCCAUUAAAAGACUGUUAUCCUAGCUUCAAUGUAUCUGACUCACUCCCAGCGUACACUAAUGCAGUGGAAACAUAAACAGAAAGAGGCGUUUCUGUGAGUGUGUACAUUUGUCUUCUGUGAACUCAAGGACAUUUCCAAAAACACUGACUCACAAAUGUCACAUUUAAGUUUUUUUUUUUUUUGCUUUAUUUACGGACAUGAAGUAGGAAAUCCUCUGAAAUGAAAAACCGCUCGCUUUAUGUAUUGAAUUCUCCCCAGAGGAAACAUAGAGUAACUUUAGAUCGUUGUCCUGUGGGAGCUUUAAAAUCUAUUGGGGAUUUCUUUGUGUGACCUGCACGCUCACGGCUUCAAGGGAGGCAAAGCCUUUUCACUUUCCUUCUGCGGUUAUGAAAGCAAGUGCAUGUCUCCCUCUUCUUCUUUGAAAGGUUAGUGGGUGGUACACGCACAGUUGUUAUGCAGCCGCAAGUGACUCAUCCAGCCAGUUGUCAGCGUGCUCGACGAUCCUUUUGCUAUUGUGGCUUUUCAGAUGCCUACAGCAGUCUUGGAUGGUUGAACAGAAUACCAAUUAGCAAGGCAAUUUCCCAAUCUGUUAUUUAGUGUUUUGUACACUCUCAUAAAACACACAAACACUCGCAGAAAAAAAGCACUCCCACUCACUCAAUCAUGAAGCCUCAUAAACUUCAGAGUGGAAUUGAAGUAAGGCCAGAUUUGCAGAGUUGACCUUGAUCACGGUCAGACAUUGCAGACCGAGUUCCCUCCCACAACGCAUCUUACAUUUUAAAUCAGGGAAGCGCCCAACUACACACACAAUUACAGUAAUGCUGCAUCACAAGGUUUCCAAUUCCCCAAAUCCCUCAUUACCGCAGGUCUCCAUGAUUUCCACUCUGUCACUACUCCAAAGUCUGACCCCACACGUGCAGCCUCUUGGUUGAUUGCCAGCUUACUUUCUGUUUACAAAUGUGCUCAACCAUGAUUGGCACAAUUACCAGUAUCUUCUUUUUUUUUUGUAUUUAUCUGCUCUCAGUUUUGCCUUCGUGCACGGACCACAUGCAUGCCCGGCCCAUGCACACACAGCCACAGUUGUUUGUAUAUGCAGGGAUAUUUUCAAACAGAGCCAGUGAAGGAUAUACAGCCAGUGGUAAACACGGGGUCUGAAGGUGGAGUGUCAGUGUUCUAUCUCCUCUGUUUGUUUACAGGAGCUAUCUGUGCUCUCUACGGGCCAGAGGGAGAAAUGAUGGAUGGAGACAGUUUAAGGAAGAGAGCACUUCUCCUUUAAUAGAAAUCCAUACAGGGAUUCUAAUCAAAAGGGAUCAAAAUAAUAUCAUGAAGGCACUGCACAUUUCUCCAUCGCAGAGAGAUCAAGUGUGCAAGAACUAACCAAGCAGCUGAUCAUAUCCCAAUGAGCUCCAUCUUUCACUAUAUUGUUUUUUUGAGCCUUUAUUGUUUAUCCUCCUGUAGCACCCAGGAGUUCCAGUUUACGGACAUGUCAUUCUAGCCUAAAAAAGUUUAGAGUAACUCUCUGGCUGAAGAUGCGUUGUGGGGCAGAAAUAACAGCUUCAUGGCUCUUUUUUAAGCCCAAACAUGUGUGCAGAAGCCCAAAGUAGCAUGCAUACGUGCAUUCAUAAACAUUUACAUACUUGUAAACAUGGAUUUUGAGCAUGAUCCAAGUGACUAACAUACAUUCCGGAUGUCACUGAUUACUGUGAGUGUUGUGUUUCAAAUAUGACUCACCUACAUCGCCUGCAGUGAUUAACACUCCGACUUCUUCUCGGGGUAUUUUGGUUUAUGCAAAGGCUGUCGUGUGAUUAAGUAUUUAUGGAAGUUUAAGAAGAACUUAGACAUGUGACUGAUUUGUUUCGUAGUGGGAUAGCAGCAUGACCUGUCACUGGACCAAAGCAGCGACCUGUGUCUGCACAGAGACCUUGUCGCACAUAGUUUUCAGGGUCACAGUUCUGUCAAGCGCUGGCAGUGUUUUCAUGUUUGCCGUCAUGGGAGUGUGAAUGCGAAGGUUUCACACAGCGGAUAACCUUUAAAGAGGCCAGGAAAAAAGAAACCACCAUGACCUAAAUGAGGGCAGAGGUCUCGGUGUGUGUCAAGGAAAGAGAGGGCCAAUUGGUAAAUUCUUCAGAUUCCUUGCUAAUAAAGGAAAUAUAAUAACCAAAGCUAUCCAGAGUGUUACCUCACUGGAUUUCAGAAACAAGUCCUGCCCUGCUGUAAUACUAGCAUCAACCACCUAUUUUGGAUAAAACUCUGUCCCUUCAAACAUUCCUUCUGAAGCGGUUCCUCUUCAGUGGAGCGCUUAUGUGGUGAGACACUGCAACUUGUAAACUUAAAGGUUCAACAUGUACACAGUGCUAAUGACCUCCAGACAACCUUAAUUGUGAUCGUUAACGGCUCGGAGGCUGCUGCCGUUUUUGUUUUUAAAUUGCUUUAAGUCUACCUUCCGGACUCCACUCCACCUCGUUUGAGUCAUCCUCUACUACAUAAACAUUAAACACGACCACAUCCUCAAACAUUUCCAACACACAAGGGUCUAGAGAAAGCCAAACUGUAUGAAAGCUGCCUAUCAAGGAAGGGGGAACAUCUGUUCCAGGCCGGCUAUAUUAUGAGAUUAAUUUGGAGAAUGCACAAAAAACGUCUAAACCCAAACAUUAGCUGUUUGUGGUCGCGACUUGUGGUGAGAGAAAGCUGAGGUUUGUUUGUGUUUGCCAGCCAUAGUAACCCAGCAGACAAGAAACUUUCCCCUUUCCCCUCAUGUUACCGCUGGGUUCAGUGCUCCACAUUUCUGCCCUCCCUCUGGAACUAUAAACUGAGCUAUCUGCCUGAGCCGAUACAGGGAAUCAUUUGAGUUUAAAGGUGAGUUAAGUUCCACAGGGGCACACUGAAACCAAACCACACUGAAAACUCUAAGCACAAGGUCUCGCUUUAAAAACCAAGCUGUUUCUUAUUUAAGCUUUUUACAUAAGCUGUGAGUGGAGUGAAAACGCAGCUCUUUUUGUCUGGGUACAUAUCAUCACAGUUACCCUCUGUCGACUUCAAGUCCUUUACUACAAAUAGGCGUAGUUGUUAUGAGUUGUUUUGUGGGUGACAUAACAAUUUGAGUAGAGAUCCUUGAAGGAGACUUAGAGUUGCAUUUCUAAGAAGCUACAUUUUUUAUUUGAUCUCACCUCUCUUCAUCCACACCAUUUUUUUUUCAUCUCUGAUGCCUCACUUCGCGUGAACUCACUUGGUUCUUGCUGGUUGUCUUGCUGUUAUCCUGCGCUUUAACUUUCUUAAGUUAGAGUGUAUUCAAUAGCAAAAGAUAUGGAGAAUUUCUCUUUUUGCAAAGCUCAUGUCAUUGUUGAGAACAUGAAAUGAAGAAAAUGUAACUUAUCAAGAGAGAUGAAAGAUGCAAAAACACACACAAAUGUCACUUUUCCCUCACCGCUUUCAGACAUUUAAACAAUGAAGAGUUUUAAAAACAUUCACACGUGUUGGUAAAAAGCUUGUGUCUAGAACUGUAUUGAUAUACAUCUGUUAGUCCACAUAUUUGUUCUGAUUGCAGAUAUGAACAUUUGUGGGUUUAUUUUUCAAUAUACAGUACUCUAGGGUAAAACACAUCUUUAUAUAUACAGAAUAUAAAUGCAGAAAACACUAAAUUGCAUAUAGAAAUCACAUCAUCAUGUUAAUUGUUUGGCAGACUACAUUCAAACUUUGUUGUUAACAAUACUCACAGCACUUAAUGCAGCAAAUACAGUGUAGUACUAGCACAAAAACAACAGUAGUAAAAAUUAGACUGACAAAAAUAAGAUAUUCAGGUUUGCAAAUUUAGAUGUAAGAGCUGUCCAAGACAAUCAACAAUAUUAACAUUUUAAAUCAGUACUUACAAAGAAAGCAAUAAAGCAUUACUAAAUUACCAAAAACUUCACAAAAUCCCCCAGAUCUUUUAAAACCCUCCAGGUUCACCCCUGACAUAAAUUAUCUUUUCGUUUGGUGUACAUGAUACUGAUCCACUUCUUUGUUGUAGGUUUUUGCUCCUUGUGCCAAUGCUUGGUAAAACGUUUGUUGGCUACCAUGAGACCAAUUCUCAUAAUUUUUUGUUUAUUUUGAUCGUUAUCCGUAUCAGAUGUGUUGCCUCAGAGACACUAUUUUUCAAAUCUGGAUGGAAACUUUGACUUGUAUCAACACUCGUGAAAUUGUUCAGCCUCUAUUAAUCUCCAUGUGUCUGAGUCACGUCAGCCUCUCCAGUCUUAUCUCCCCUUAUCUCUUCAAUUCAAACAAUUAACUCUCUCAGUUCAAGGUUGUUAAACAAGUGCUUUAUUGGUGUACUUGGCCUUGUGUACACACUUAAAUCUAAUAUCCCAGAUAGAUUAAUCCAUAAAGCUGUCAAAAGUGAAGGGAGCCAAUCCCCCGAUGACCACAGCCUAGCGACAGCCCAAACACUACAGAUACACUUCUGUUGGCUGUCAAUGUAAGAGUUAAAUUUCACAUUUAUCUCAAUUAUUGCUCUGUUUAUAUAACCUGGGUUCAUUUUGAAACUUAGCUGUGUGUUUGAUCUUCAUACAAAGUGUCUUCAUUGCUAUCAGAGCUCUUCAGUAGUUUGGCGACUUUAUGUACUUUUACCUGCUUAAGGUUCAAGACAUUUGAAUUAAAGAAACCCCCAACAUUUCUAGUACCAUAUCUGUGCCCACAACCCUCCUCCCUCCUAACAGACCUGAACCCUUGCAUACUAAUUGCUCCUUCAUUACUCAAAACCACCUGCACUCUGCCAGUAGUCUGAAUAUCUUCAAAGAGAUCCCCACCCAUGUGACGUUUGUCUCUAUCUGCAUGUCAGGUCACUGCAGUUAAAAGUGAGGGGUGUGUGUGCCUUGUCAUUAGCGUCUCUCUCCUUCCUAGAAAAGAGAAAAAAAUGCACCACUCUCUUUAUUCAGCGUACACACAGACGCGCACACAUCCAAACAACGCUGCUAAAUAGAUUCUUGGCAAACACAAGCUGUGUUGACAGGAGAGAUGAGCUGCUGUUCCUGUCACAGCUUGCCGAAAGGCACAGAGCCGGGCUCGUGUUCAAAAAGCACCACCGCUGUUAAAGCCACAAAGCCAGGAGACUUGUUGCUACUGCCUCUGUCAACACACACAAACACGCACAAACACACUCACACACACACAGUCAUGCGCUCUGGUAUCAAAGGCAGCCAGGCGGGUGCUCGGGUAUUUGAACAGGUGAUUCUCAUUUACAUCUGCUGCUGACCCUGUUGGCUUCAUGCCUUUUAGGAAAUCACACUGUCAGGCGAGUCAAUCACACACGGCUGGUCUGAUGUUUCAGAGAGGAUGGACUUGUUCGAGGUUUAAUCUUGUUAAUAGGAUUUUGGUUCAGAGCCAAAAUCAGCUCAAUUCUCGGGGUUAUUUUUUGUGAAUAAGUGUAUUAGUUUACUCAAUAUUUAGUGGAUGUUGUGUGAGUGGGUUGUACAAGUGCAGUUAACCAGAGUUGCAUUAUAUAACUCAGGUGGUUCUUCAGGCCUGUCUGACAGGUUGCACUGAUGGUAAUUGUAUCGUAAAAAAGACCUGAGGUUGCACAGAACAGGGUGUGAUUACAAACCAUUUCCUCUCAAUAUCAUAUUUUUAUAAACAAGAAUGUUUUCUAUGUUAUGAGUUUUGUGGUUUUCCAAAAGGAGGUUACAAUACUGUAAACUCAUUUUUUUCCAUGAUCAAACUUAAUUAAAUUUCUUUGCAAAAUCCAACUAAAACCUCUUCAUCUAGCCUGGCCAAACAUAGUAAAUGAGUCCCCUCCAGGGUAGCUGCACCCCUUACCCUCUGUCUGAUUCUCUCCUACCAGGACCAUAAUUACUGAUGUCCUGCAAGCCCCUAACCCUGACUUCAUCCAUGAAAGGCCCAAAGCCAUUCCCCUAAUCAGAGCUGGUAUGGGGUCUGGCUCCUGUUUGGCUUCUGUGUUUAAUGUCAGGGUUAAGGAGGAUAAUCUCACUUUGAUGUGAGGUCCUUUGUGUCAUAAUAUAUGUGUCAUGUUGGUGUUUCUCGCAGUCUUGCCUUGUGGAGAAACAACAGUCCAGUGUUUGUGCUGAAGUCCACUAAUGCACUGUCUUCUUCUUCUUCUUCUUCUUCCUUUCUUGUUUUCUAAAUCUACCUCAGAGGGGCCAGGAAGGUUUCUGGAAGUCAGUGGCUCACGCUGUGCCUCGGGAGCCAACAGAUUUCCGAAUCCUCAACCCUUACUUCAUCCAAGAGGCCGCCUUCCAGUUCAUAGGCCUGCCCUUCAAUAAUGGCCUGAUGGGCAAAGGGGUAAGACUCACACACACAGGUGCUCACUUACUACAACAACAUUUUCCUCUUGAACAAUAAGCAAAAUGGAUCAGAACAUCAACUUUCACAUUGUAAUGCAAAUAUGGAUCAAUACGAACAAAAGAUAGGUGACUAAAACUGGAAAUUAGGUAUGACAAUCUUAUCAAAUCAUCCAGUAAUGAGAUUUGGAAAAAAUGAGGUGAGAAUACUGGACACGAUAUUGACAGAUAUUUCAGCAUAGAGGAAAAUCUUGAUGCGUCUUUUCGUCUGGUCGCAGUGAGCUUUGUUCACCAUUAGGGAUAGAGACUGAGUCCUGGUCUUGUUGAGAACCUGGUUAGUUGGUUGGGAGAAGUUGGUUAAAUCAGCUGCUGUGGUUCAUUUCAUCCUACUGUACUUCCAGCAGGCAUGUUAAGAGCGCACACACUUUGCAGCAAAGCUGGUUUGUUAAAAACGGUAAUCAAUCACAGAAAUCGACAGAGUUAUUAAUCUUAACAAGGUGACAAAAUAUGAUGAUGAAUUUAAGGUUGGGCCAGUAAACGACUACCAGGUAAAUGUAAAUGAAACUUGAAAUAGACUAGGCUGUUUGGAGGACUAAUUCAUUAGUUUUCUCAACAAUAUGUCACGAAUUUUACAGAGGAUGUUAUAAACUGUUGAUCAUGAAUCAAAAAGAGUCAGAUCUUUUGGACGUAGAUCAUUAACGAGACUCUGUACUAGGGCUGGGUGAUAUGGCCUGAAAUCAAUAUCAUGAUAUAUUGAGCAGUUCACCUCAAUAACGAUAAAUGGACGAUAACUUCUCCACAAGCCGCUCACAUAAACUUCAUCUACUUUAGCCGCCGCUCCAGCCGCUACAACUUUUGAACCGUCCUCCAUCUCCUCACCUGUCUUUCCAUCUUUGUUACGGACUAAACGGGGUGGAGUCACAUCUCUGACGUAGGACAGUGUCUUCAAGGGACAUGAGACCAUAGCCUACCUACACACAUCCAAAAACAACUUUUAUUUAUUUAUUUAUUUAUUUAUUUGACACCAAAUAAAUUGACAUGGGCAAAAUGACGUCGGUUAUUGCCGUAAAAAUUUCUGUAUCGGUAAAUUUUCGGUUUAUCGCCCAGCCCUGCUCUGUACUGGUAUCAAAAGUUAAAGGAUCCUUAUUACUAUUUACCGCUCAAAGGACUGUAAUCUCCAAUAGACUGUAAUUUUGAAGGUUUUCUCCACCAUGUAUCCGUAUCUCAGACAGUAGACAGGAGGCUGAAAAAGUUGACCAGCUGCUUCAGUUCUGCCCUACAGUCGUCUGUGUUUUGAUCCAAUUUAAAAAGCUGGUGUUUGCACUUAGCUUAUGAAUCAUGUCCUUCUGGGCUCGAGGUAUUGGGUCUUGAUCAGAGAACACUUAAAUGGGGGAAAAAGAGGGGAAAUUCUGGGUUGGUGACCACAACCAGAGCAGUAAAAUAUGAAGUAAUGAUCAUAGAGCUGUUGAAAUCCCACUUUCUUUCAUAUGUGUAAAUGGUUCCUCAUAAAACAGGACUGUUUCCAUUCAUUUAUCACUGGGCUGUGUGUGUGUGUGUGUGUGUUUUCUUGCUAAGCAGAGCAGAAUAUUGUGAGGGAUUUGGAGGACAUGAGGAGUGUAUCAGAGUACCUCUGCCCUCUGGGGCCACCAGAGCACCCCUGCAUGAACUCCAUUCAGCAACAUGUGUUCAACAUGUGGGCAUCUGGCCUGUGUGUGUGUCUGCGUGUUGGUCAUUUGCGCAGCGCUGUCUCAUACAAUUCAAGCUGCAGAGUUGUAUGAUUUGGCACAUUCUUCACUGCGAACACUUUCCUGUCUCCUCUGAGCAUCGGAGUUUAUGUUUAUGUAUGUGGAAAUUAAUGAAGAGCUCUAUUUGUUAUCCUCAUGUUUACGUUGAGUACGUGUGUGUGCGCGAAUGUGUGUGUAAAUUAAUCUGUAUUAGAACACGCAGUAGGGGGCUGUCCAGCUGCUGGUUCAGGUCCACCUAGCCUGAGGGCCUGCAAAUCAGGGUAAUGAUUUAAAUGGGGCCUCCCUCCACUCUUUCUUCUGCACCCACUUUUUCCUCUCCCUUGUUCUCCUGCAUCCACACGCACACAGUCUCACACACACAGACAAACACGCAGACUCUGUACCCCCCAGAUCUGUGGCAGCCCUAGGCGGUUAGGAAGCACAGUUCAACCCAGUAGAUCAAUGUGUCCUAGCAGGGGUCUGCAGGGGUCGUGUCUUCGAGGUAAUAGUUAAUCAUCGAGCGCUCAAAGUCACUUAGCAGCAGUGGAGCAGAACAAAGACAGAGGUGGACGGUAGAGGGGAGGGGGCAGAUACAUGAGAGGAAGUGGACAUCUGUCUCUGAGCCCAUGUCAGAAACCACCAGAAGUUUCAGAUUUGUCUGAAAAUGAUAACGCCACACAUGUUCGGUUCCUAUUUAUCUCUGUGUUAGUUUGAAUAAACUCUGCGUGUAUUCUCCUCUGACAGUCUGUGUCUGUUUUUCGCUGCAGAACAUUCCAACUUUGGGAACAGUUGCCAUAACGAUGGCACUGCACAACUGUGACGAGGUGGCGGUGGCCGGUUUUGGCUACGACAUGAACAUGCCCCACGCACCUCUGCACUACUAUGAGACAGUAAAGAUGUCCGCCAUUAAAGAGGUGAGUUUAUGAUUUUUACAUUUUAUAGUGGUACGCAACAUUCUGCACUGAAGAAGUAGAUAAGUGUGUGCUGUGAUAAAGGCUCUCCUUGGAUAUGAGAUCAGUUCUCACCUGCUCCAGCUGCAUAGAAAUUGUCAAAGAGUGAAAAAAACUGAAAUCUUUGACGGUAAGGGACCACCACUCUUGUGGAGGAGGUUAGGGGGAAAGGUUAACUGGCCUAAAGCCAAAAUACAUUCACUUUGUGGUGAGACGGUAAUAUUAGUCCAGGAAUUAUACAUGGACUGAACUUCUCUGAGCUUCAAAGUGUGUGUGCUUCAACAAAUAAAAUAUCACUAAAAAUAGAUCAAAUAAGUGUUAAAGCAAACAUACAACGCAAAAUGCAAAAAAACUGGAAGGUAACUUUUGUUUAAAAUAAAUACAAAUGCAUUCAGUUCUGUCUACAUCUCUUGUUAUUAGUCUAUUUAAGUGGAUCUAAAAUUUAGCACUAAAAUUUAGCACCUCUUUUCUAUCUUCUCACUUUACAGAACAACAAGCUCUGAGUUAAACUCACUUGCGAUUUAAAAGUAUCUGAAAAAAGAAAUCUAAAAAAAAUCAAAAACAUCAAAAAAAUUUCUGAGAACUGCACUGAAACUCACAGUUUGAAAUCAGUAAUUGGCCCUGAUUGAUGUGGCACUCGUUUUUCAUCAGUUGUUAUUAACGUGUUCUCAGUGAGUGAAUAAUCUUUUCCUUCAUGACUGAUUACUCUCGUCUUCAUUGGUCACUUUUCCUCCUCGUGUUUACACUGAUUCACAGUGGAACCAAAGAUGUCACUGGCACAAUGACGUUUGUAAACCAUGAGCUCAGUAUGAUGAUAACCUUUGUCUAAACUCCCAGUGAACCUUUUGGCAUUUGUCAUCAUCAUCCUCAUCAGCUCUGUCAUCCUCUCACACACACACACAUGGCUAAUUGAUGGUAAAACAUUUGGCUUUUCUGUUUGGAACAUUGAACCACCGGUAAUUUUCCAAGGCCGCACAGACGCUGAGCCGUGACUUUCUGCUGUGGAGGGUUCCCUUUCUGAUCCAGAUCGCUGUGGAACUCAUGGACCACAGUGCAAACGAUGCACAAAAAGGAUUCUAAAAUGUCACACAAUGAAAAAGCUUUAGGUCACCGUAACUCAACUCUAUCAGGCCCUCCAAUGUUGUUACUAUUCUAUCGUCCAAUAUUGUUUGAAUUGCCAACCAUUCAACAUUCAGAUGCUUACCUCUAAAAAUGGAUCACUCAGUUUCUUGAUAGUCUGCCGUUCCUCAUGUAGAGGUGUGUAUUUAAUCUUAGUGUAUGUUGGCUGCAAGGGAUACAUCUAUAGUGACCAGUCUGAGGAAGGCCACAUUUGAAAAUGUUUCAAGCAGGAAGAAAAUAACGACAAAGAGAAGAACAGGAAAAAAAAAAUAUCUGCACAUCUAUAAAAAAAAGUCAAUAAAGUUUCUUCUGCUAAAGACGCAGUUUUUUGAAAAUGUUCAGAAAUGUUCGGGAGAUUCUACUGAGGCUGUAAAAACUUAAAUGAUUUAGAAGAGUUAACAUGGUAAGGUUUAUAUGAAAGAGGAUAAGGGCCACAAGGAGAGAAAAAAAAAUUAAGGGAGGAAGAUUUUUUUAAUUUCCAUUUCGAGAUUUAAGUCAAAAUCUUGAGAUUAAAGUCGAAAAUUUUAAAGUCAAAAUGUCGAUUUUAUUCAUGUCGACUUAUCUUGAAAUUUUGACUUGAAUCUCAAUAUUCAGAUUUUUGUAAUCUCGAAAUUUCGACUUGAAUGUCAAAAUUUUGACUUUAUUGACAUAAUUUCGAUUUUUUAGUCUUGAAAUUUCGACUUUAAUCUCCUUCCUGUCAUUUUUUUUCUCUUCGUGUGGCCCUAAUCCUCUUCCGUAGGUUUAGGUGCUGAAUCUGGCCGAUCCUCAUUCUUCAUAUUCUGUAUUUAGUGAUAAAUCUUCAGGCUUAUUGUCCCUUUUUGUCCCGCUGUGGUUUAUUACAUAGUGGUAGGAGGUCUGACCCUGACAGGCUUAAAUGCUGUGGACCAGAGUGUGGCAGCUGCGGGGCUGAAACCUCCUCAAACUCUUUUCUUCUUUCUCCUUCCUGUAUGUUUCUUCCUCCAUCAUCCGCUCUCUUAGUCUCUGCAUCCCAAAGCACCACACAGGAACCGGCAGCUUAAGUUACAGGUCGGCCUGCUGGAUGGGACCCUCACAGCACAGCAGGGAGGAGAGCUAAACGUUCAAACCCACAUGUAUAGACAAUGGAAACAGAGAAAUCUAGCAGUUAGCCGCAGGUUUCAGUUCAUGAAGCAUCCUUUUGAAAGUAGAUCCUCUUGAAUGAUUGAAUGAUUUUCUUCUUAUCCCUCCACAGUCCUGGACACACAACAUAUCCAAGGAGAAGGAGUUCCUUCGUAAAUUGGUGAAGGCCAAUGUCAUUACAGACCUGACACACGGUAUCUGAGUUUACACCCACGCCACGGUCUCCCUCACUCUUCCCCAAAGGGACUACAGAACAGGAAGCGAGGGAAACGUAUGGACUCUGUGAGAAAGAACCCUCAGAUUCUGUGUGGCCUGCACACUGCUGGGUUUUUUCAUAUCGAGGAGAUUAUUUAAAAAAAAGACAGAGAGAGACAGGCGAAGAGGAGAGUGUGGAGAGAUGCACACAUGUGCCUUCUGAACCAAAGACUCCUGCUGACUGCAGCAGGUGAGCGGGCUGGAGGGGGGGAGGACUGGAUCUGCCCUGUUCCUGUCCUCAUCAAGAGACAGUCGCAGGAGAGCUCUGCAGGCCCCCGCAAUUCAACGUUUACCACUUCCACCCCACUCAACUAUCACAUGAAUGAAGAGAAAGAGCAGAGAUGACGUGCUGAAAAGCAGGAGGCUGGAUUAAGCUGGACUGACUGGAUGAGUUUGAUAAAGGGACAAAAGAGAGGAAUGAAAAGUGGAGCGUGACAGAGAGCAUGUGGGGAUGGGUGGAGUAUCAGCAGUGCCAAACGUACCUCGUUCAGAGGAGAGGUGGUGGUCCUCUCCUUGAGUUGCCUGAAUGUAUUCACUUUCCUCAGUGUAAAUAUCAAAGAUUUUUACUGUGCUUCUAAACAGGCUGCAGCAGCCCACCCCCCAUCAUCAUCACCAACCCCACCAUCCCACAACCACCAGUUGUCCAUUUGUCCAGUGACUCAUUCAUGUGUUCAUACUGCCUGUCUAGGGUCCAAAUUAAGUCUUGCCAAGCCAGUUAAUAGUAGAUUUAUCAGAGGAGGGGACUGUUACGUCAGAGUGUCUUUGGGUCUGUAAGGAGGUUUUUAUUCUGGACUUUAUGAGCCGGGUUCUGUCUCUCCCUGUUAUGCUGGAUCCACACAGAGUGUUUAUACAUGUGUGACUUUCUGCUGUUGGCUCAGUUCUCCCUGUGUGGCCGCUCACGUAAGAGGUAAGGUCACGAAAAGAAAAAAAAAAAAGAUGAAAACAGAUAAAUUAUUCAGAAGUAUUGUCAAUAAAAACUCUAAAUCAGCUUUUUUUUUUGUAAUUAUAAUUCUGCAGAUUGAACACGAAAACGAGGAGACCAUGUGUAGAAUAUUUAGUUUGAUCUAAAUUAUUUUCCUCUUUAGGGUUGUUUGUUUUUUUUCUAGUUGAGCAGCUGUGACAGGUAAACUCUGCCUCUCUCUCUGUCCUUCUUCUGCCUCUUUGUUUCUUUGUAAAUCCCUCUUCCUCUCUUUCAUUCAUUUGUUCGUGUCAUGGUACUGUCUUCAUUUCAUCAGCUGUCAGCCAUCAGGCGGUAGCACAGACGUACAGAAACAGAUUCUGUACGUCUGAUCCCUUUUCCAUCAGACUUCUGUUGCUGCAGAUUUUGUUGUUCUUCGGUAAAUGGUGAGAUCUUGGAUUGUAGAAUAUGAAUAUAUAUAUUUUUGUUUUGAGGUUAACUUUAAUUAUUUAUUUUGGUAUAGAUUCCCUAUGCUUUGGUCACAGGCAGGCCUGCUUUCUCUUGUUUCUGUUCAGAAAAAAAAAAAAAAAAUAGAUGACCAAGGUUAGUUUUUGUGUUUGAAAUCACCAUCACGUGCUUCCCAAGAGACUGCAUCAUCGUUCUGUUAGCGGCAGAAGAAGUUUGGACCCCCACUGAUGAAUUUUUCCUUCAUUGGCUCAGUGUUGAAUGUCUGUCAGCAAGAGUGAGAAAACAACUCGCUCUUUUCUGACAGAUUAUUCCAAGUUUCUUUAGAUUUCUCAAAACUGAGAUCGUCUGUAAGGUGGUCGUAUCCGUAGCACAGAUAUUAGAUUAAAAAUGCUGAUUCAUCCUCUGCAUGUUACAGAGGACGGUUGCCCCACUUUCUUUCUGAUUAAUCUUCAGUUACAUGCUUUUUGUUACACGGACAGACCUUUUGCUGCCCUCCACUUUAGAAAAAAAAAACCCAACGUGAGAAGGUCAAAAUGUGUCAUCAGUGUUGAGUUUCAUCAUGUUAUUCAUUGAAUGAGAUAAUCAGCUUUAUGAGGUCAUGGUGCAUUUCAAUACUGCUUCACCAAAGCAGGCUUUUUGUUGUUACAAUGAAUUUAAUACUCUGUCAGAUGAUGUUACUCUUCUCAGUUUCUACUUCUUCAGUUGUGCAUUUUACUGUACACAAAUACACACACACACAUAUACAUACAUGUUGGAAGAUUUGCUCCAUAUCUCUCAGUCAGUCAGUCAGUAAGCUGCUCUGUGCUUUUGUUCAGCUCUCCAUCACGCCUUUCUCAUUCACAAAAACGCUGCGAACCGGUCCUUUCAGAGCAGUUCCUCUGGCUUAGAAAGACGUGAAUGGUUUCACUUUUGAGCAAAGGUACAGGGAACAGCAGACAUUGCACUUUCACGAGGCGCUCUCAGUGCCUUACACCUCAUCACCUGGAAACUGUAGCGAGGAGUUUGACAAGUUCACCCGACAGCUCGCUCAUUCAGUCUUGAAGAGCAGCUGCAGAACCGGAGCAGUCACUCCUCAUGUCUGUGAUACACAAUCAGAACAUGUCAUUUUGUCUUAUAUGCAUUAUACUGAACCCAGGACGAUAACAUUAAGCUCCAUACUGGUGGUUUCUAAUGUUUGAGCUCAUCAGCUACAAAUACACGAGGGUGAUUGCUUCUUUUCUUUUAUGUUUUUAGGGCAAGAAAUGACAGAGUAGAUUUAUUUGUCCAUGGUUGUUGUUUUUCAGCAACAUUGCUGAAUUCAUUCCCUGAUUUUUUGGCAGCUGACUUAACACAAGGUUUGGUUUGCGAGUCACUCAGCUGGUGAAAACAGUCUUACAGUUUCAUCCUGGAGUCUGAGUAAAGGAAAGAACGGAUGUUUUUGGAGCCUGAAUCGUAUUUGUGGAGCAAAAGUCAGGAUAUUUUGCUUUCUGCUGCUAUAAAUCUAACCCUUUAGACCCCUGACUUAGUGCUAGUGCAGUGCCAAAUCAGUGGAGUACCUCUUUAAUGCUUGAAUGUUGGAAUUUCCUUGAAUGCAACAGCAGGUGGGAGUUUGAAAGGUGCCCUGUGAAACUGCAACAGAUCUAUACAUCAUGUACAGCAAAAGUUGGGUCAUUUUUUUAGACCAGCAGCUGCCUGGAUGGUAGAAACCCAAUCCAAAAUGAUUUAUUCUCAUGAUAUAUUUUGGAUAAGGGUCUUUUAAAAUGUAAAAUAUGUGCUAUUUGUAGUCCCAAAGGCUCAAACUAAAACACAACAAACCACCAGUAUGGUCUUUAAAGAUUUGAGACUGAACAGAUCCUGAGUUGGGGGGACCUCUUGGUUUUUUUUCUUGUAUUUUCCCUCUGAGGGUCUUGGGGUAACAUGAAUGCUGGAGGAGUUCAAAUGAAUUGAACCCAAACUUGCCUCUACAGAUUUCCUGUUCAUUAAAAACAGAAUGUAUUUGCUUUAAUCAUCAAUCAUACUUUUGAACCUUUAUUUUUACAUUUCUUCAUUUCCAUCAUCAGAGGGAAGUCAAAGUGGUCAAAGGUGUUACUGUUUCAUGUUUUAUAUCAAAUUCUAAAUGGCUUUCUGCGACACAAUAAAUACGUUUGUAAUGGAUAUUUGCCUGUGCAUGUUGUUUGCAUCUUUUGAUUGCUUCUGUGGAGCAAAUGGAUGUUUUCACAGCUCAACAGUGUUUAUUUCAUUUUUUUAAUGUGUCUUUUUGUAUAUAAGUAUCUGUACACUGUGAAUUUUCAGUAUAUAUAGUAAAUAUUUUUGACGUAUUUAGUCGACUUUCUGUGUUAUCUUGACAGACAUCUUUCCUAUUAGCAUUAAAGGCACAGCAUUAACUCUGGUGCCAGAAACUAGCAUCCUUAAAGUUUAAGAAACCAUAUGUAUACGUCUGUGGGUCACUUAGGGUUGUCUCAGAGGACACAAGCUGCAGAGCACAUAAGAUGAAGGAGGGAUGAAGAGGAAAGCAAAGACAAGGGGGUUUCUUAUUCCGCUCUGCACUUGUCUACCUGCUGUGUCAGGAAUCAGUGUUCCUGAUCCUGAAUCCACCGUGCUGUCUCCUCUUCUCCAGACUCUCACUUUUCUCCCGCAGCUGUUCUUAUCUUUUUCUGUUCCCAUCUCUGUCCGGUGUGUCUUUCUCUUCAGUUGCUCAGCCCUGAGGCAGAUCCUGUUUCAUUGCUGUUUCCAUGAGGGACCCAUUUGAAACCUGUUGCACACACACACAAUAAACAGAUAUUCAGCUGCA